GAUCACACAACAUGAACACGAAUCGUACAACCUCUUAUCAUUCUGUCUAUUCCAGGGACACCAUGAAAACUCCGGGACACCCACGGGUCGAUCAAGGAAACUCAGCGGUAAGUGUAACUCAGUAAGGGCUGAUACAGAGGUAGGUAGGCUGUAUAACACUGAGAGAGAGUUAUAGCAAAAUGGGAAUUCUUUGUUUUAUUUUUAGGAAGUUUUUAUGCCUUUUAUUUAAUUACAAAAAAAAGACAAAGUAGAAAACAUUCCAAUGAACAUUACAUUAAGUAAAUUAAAUGUACAUCUUCCUUCCCAUCAGAGGUAGGUAGGCUGUAUAACACAGACAGAGUAUUUAUGGAUCCUGCAAUAUGGAAGAUAUAGGACUGGAACUGUGACUCCUACAGGGAGUUAUAUCAAAGUGUGAAUUAUUAUUCCUCAUUCGAGGAAACAUUUCUAGAGACUGUGUUUUACUGAAAGUCCCAGAAUUCACUACUAUGGCCAUAGUCUAACAGAGAUUAGGAGAUUUGUAGUUCACCAGUAGUUGUGGUGGGUGUUAUAGAGACUCAAAUUAGAGAACAAUGUCAGCAAAACUGGAUGCAGUUUUUGGAGCUGGAUUUCCUGGUAUGGGUGGAGUAUUUUCUGAAACUGGUUUCGUUGGAGAAUUAUCUGAAACGUGUGUGGGUGGGAGAAUUUCCUUAAGCUGGUUUGGGUGGAGAAGUACUGUUUUCUGAUUUAUUUCCUCUCCCAAUCAAUGGUCUAACAUUUAUAGUGCCUGACUGUGCAGCCAAUCCAUCUCUGGGCUUCUGAACUCAAUUAUUGCUCUAUUUAUCAACCCAAUGGGAGCCUGUUAAAAAGGCAUGAAUGCUUAAUGAAUCAAAUACAUCUUUUGAGAUAAUUAUUAGACUUGGACAUUCGUCCAAAUACCGAAAAACAAAUGGGGAGAGGAACAACGAACAAACAAAUGAAUAGGCGCUGAAUGAAAUUCCACAUGUUAUUCAUUUGUUCAUUCAUUCACAAUUUCCGUUCGGCCUUUUGUAUUACUCUGUCUGUAAUUCAAAAGGCCGAAUACUUCAGCUGUAUGCCGAAAUGGCUCAUUCUUUCAUUAAGCCAUUAGUUCUCUAGGCUCAUUGCCAUCAUAUCCGAUCUGGGAGUGAGCCGAACUAACGGAUGAACCCCGAAUGAUUAAGCUAGCUCCACCCAUUGCUGGCAGGUAGGGACCCUCAUUAAUAUGGGAGGGGAAUCUAUUGUUCCCUCCCAACCCCCACCCAUUGACAGCAGCCCUAAGUAAUAAUGGUGGGGGUGACCUAUUGUUCCCCCCCUGCCCCCACCCAUUAUCGGCAGGUGGGGGCUAAUAGUAAAAACUAACCCACCCCACCCAGUGACUCAAAAUCCUAUUCACCCCCAAUAAAUAAAUACCCUACCUACCACCCUUUACCCUAAUAACAAUAAACAAAAUACCUGUAAAAUGAAACAUUCAUACGUAUGUCGUUAAAUAAAAAAAAUGAAAAAAGACCUAAACAAAAAAAGAAAAAAGUACGCCGAAAAAAAAUCCUAUUUAAUUUUAACUGAAAACAAAUGAGUUAAUGUCCGAAACUCGGUUCUGACUAACAGAUUUUUUUCCCCUGCCCAAGUCUAAUAAAUAUCCCGAAAUACGAAUGGAAAUCCUUCAUUUCUUGUCUCUUCAUGCAGUGGAAAUGCUUAUUUACAUUUUCUUUAAAUUUCAAUGCUUUCCGUUUUUAAAAAUAAAAUAAAAAUCCGCAUUUAACCAAUUAUCACACUGUCAGAUUAAAUAUGUCCAGUACUAUUUCCAGACAAUAUAUGUCAGGGUCUUUUUUGUAUUUUCUUCCCCUCUUGUUGCAUCUAAAGUGUAAAGUGUUCUAAAGUAUUUCCCCACUUUGACAAAUCUUUGAUAAAUCGCCAUCAUUUCAUUUUUCAGAUGAUAUUAGCCUCAACUUAAAAAGAAACUGAAUACAAAAAGGUGUGUAGGUGUGUUGGCAUCAUCAAAUAAAAAUACAAAUAAACAGGUGUAGAAAAAGUGUAUCCCACAGCACUUUUUUUUAGAUUGUUCCAGUGUUUUUAGAAAAGAAACUGAAGAUUAGCUAUUAAAAAUGUCUUAUCCAUAAAACUGUUGUUCUAACUUUCCACACCGGGGACUUCUUUUCCAUCUUUUCUGUAAAACAAUCAGUUCUUCUGUCACUUUUUAAUUUCUCUUUCUGAGUUUUUUCUUUAUGAUUUUACUCACUCAGGAAAUUCUUGAUACAUAUCAGGACUGCAAUAUGAAGACUUUACUAAGGACUGAGCAGCGAAUUUGGACUUAAUUUGGAAUUAUACACUAAACUAUGGUGCACAACCAAAAUAUAUAAAGCAUGUAGAGUAGGAUAAAUCAAGCCCAGUACUUGCAUUAUCUAAAAAUCAUCUAGUUAGAACAUUUGUAUAAAUUGUAUAUUUGUUCCUCAAUGAGUUGUAGAAAUUUUGGAUACUUUCCUUCAAAACCUUUCAGAUUAUUCCUAUGCUAACAAAGCUCUGCUAAUUAUGUUUCAUUAAGUAUAUUGAUUGAUGUUUCCUGGAAGUAAUAAAUUAUUAGUUGUUAUCACUGUUGUGAUGGACCACCUGGCACCCCGACUGGGUACCUCCACCAAUUGAUGCUUCCGAGCUGACGGUGAGGACCAUAAGCACCUCACCUGACACCAUAAGCAUCGUAGACCCCACGAACUGCUACAGCUUGGUUGGGGUCUUGCUGUUUUUUCCCAUCCUGGACCAAACUCCUGGUUCCAGGGUCUCAGUUGGAAGGCCUCUCCUCCAAGAGAGUAUAGCUGUGAAGCUCUUAUAAGAACUAGUAGUAUAGCUGUAUAGCAGAUUCCCUACAAUCAGGAAUGGUUUAAUGGUGCCACACUGGCCUUUCAUGACAAGGGAUACGCCCACAUGGACUUUGUUGGGGACAGGAACUCAAAUUUUCAAACCAAUAAUAACAGAGUUACAAUGUAUGACACUCCCACAUACAAUACAAUAAGCCUUCCCCUUUACUUAGGAGAUAAUUGAGUCAAGCACUAUACUAAACUCAAUUAUCUCCAAACACAAAAAACACACAUUUUUACAAAACCCCCAAAUACCUUAAAACACAUAAAAUCCCCACAAAAUACAUCCCCUGAUAGCCCUGAUCUGGUUGACCAACAUAUCCAAAAAUCACCCAGAUCAGUUCAGGGGUUCAGAAAUUUUAUGGAAGUCAUAGUUUUUACCAACCGCAGGCAUGGUCUCAUAGCCGAAAAUAGUUCCGUAGAAUCGCGGCUAAGUGCAGCUGAAGGACUGACCGGGAACCGCAAAGUCUUUAUGCCAAAAAUAGUUCCAGGGCAUUCGCAACUAAGUCCCCCUGAAGUCUAUUCGCGGUUUUCAUCCAUGCGAACAAGAUGGCCGCCACCUCGUGGUCGAAUGGCACUUAAAAUGGCUUCGGGAGUUCGGGAGUUGGAAGUGCCACUUCGAAAGUUCAAAUUGUUCCUGUUAUAAGUCCCAACAGGCACAAAUAGUGUUUUGAGAUAGGGUUUAACACAGGGGCCAUAGUCACAGGGUAGGAGGCUGGCAAGUAUGCCCCUCCAAGGACCUGUGACGAGGUUCAGUUCGUCCCAACUGUCAUAACAGGUAACGGUGAAUUUACUUAUACACAAUCAACACUAUCAUUAAAACUAAAAAAUAUAGGUACAUAGUGAUAGAAGAGCACACUAUAUAUCUCUUCAAAAUCCUUCUUUAAAAAAAAAAAAAAAUACAUGUUCAGUUGUUAUGGUACGAGACCUUAUAACUAUUUGCAAAAAUGUAACUUAUUCAUACUGUGUAACCAUUUUCAUUGAACCAAGGCAGACUCCUGCUUGAUGAAAUUUAAAACCAAAAAUACCUUUUAUUUAUGCUAACUUUAAUAUGAGAAAUGUCGUUUGUACUAACUCGAUCUGGAAACAAAGCCUAGUUACAGCAAAAAAAAUAAGCUCUCUCUUACACUUCUUUUACAUACAUCAUGAGUGCCGCUAAUAAAAACAAUAAAAAUAGCAUGAAACCAUGGAAGGUUUCAAACAGGAAAACGCUUUAUAUAAAUCCCCCAUGGAAGGUCUCAAACAGGAAAACGCUUUAUAUAAAUCUCUAUUGAAUUUAAUUGCACAGCUGUCACAUGCUUUGUAAGAGAUCAUUCUGAAUAAGAUUGUAAUCCACAUAUUCUGUCAUCUAUUUCCAUGCCUUGCAAAGUUAUAAUGUGCAUAGCUCUAUAGUGUAAAAGAUACUGGAGUUUUUAUUUCCCUCCUCCAACCUCUCUAUUGUCAGUGAGUGAGAGCCUGUGUCUCCUCUAAGCAGUACAUAUCAGGCUACUGCCACUGAUCCAAACGGAUAGAUAGACCAACAGCUGUCUGUAGAAAAUCCAGCAGCUCACAUUGGGGGAACACAGCAGCUCACACUGGGGGGAACACAGCAGCUCACACUGGAGGGAACACAGCAGCUCACAAUGGGGGAAUACAGCAGCUCACACUGGGGGGAACACAGCAGCUCACACUGGGGGAACACAGCAGCUCACACUGGGGAACACACAGCAGCUCACACUGGGGGGAACACGGCAGCUCACACUGGGGGGAACACAGCAGCUCACACUGGGGGGAACACAGCAGCUCACACUGGGGGGAACACAGCAGCUCACACUGGGGGGAACACAGCAGCUCACACUGGGGGGAAUACAGCAGCUCACACUGGUGGGAACAUAGCAGCUCGCACUGGGAGGAACACAGCAACUCACACUGGGGUAAACACAGCAGCUCACACUGGAGGAAAUACAGCAGCUCAUACUGGAGGGAACACAGCAGCUCACACUGGUGGGAACAGAGCAGCUCACACUGGGAGGAACACAGCAGCUCACACUGGGGGGAACACAGCAGCUCACACUGGAGGGAACACAGCAGCUCACACUGGGGGGAACACAGCAGCUCACACUGGAGGGAACACAGCAGAUCACACUGGGGGGAACACAGCAGCUCACACUGGAGGGUACACAGCAGCUCACACAGGAGGGAACACAGCAGCUCACACUGGAGGGAACACAGCAGCUCACAUUGAGGGAACACAGCAGCUCACACUGGGGGGUACACAGCAGCUCACACUGGAGAGAACACAGCAGCUCACACUGGGGGAACACAGCAGCUCACACUGGGGAACACAGCAGUUCACACCGGAGAGAACACAGCAGUUCACACUGGAGGGAUCACAGCAGCUCACACUGGGGAGAACACAGCAGCUCACACUGGGGGGAACACAGCAGCUCACAGGAAACACAGCAGCUCACACUGGAGGGAACACAGCAGUUUACACUGGGGGGAACACAGCAGCUCACACUGGAGGGAACACAGCAGCUCACACUGGUGGGAAGACAGCAGCUCACACCGGAGAGAACACAGCAGCUCACACUGGAGAGAACACAGCAGCUCACACUGGAGAGAACACAGCAGCUCACACUGGUGGAACACAGCAGCUCACACUGGAGGGAACACAGCAGCUCACACUGGUGGAAACACAGCAGCUCACACCGGAGAGAACACAGCCGCUCACACUGGGGGGAACACAGCAACUCACACCGGAGAGAACACAGCCGCUCACACUGGGGGGAACACAGCAGCUCACAUUGGGGGGAACACAGCAGCUCACACUGGAAGGGACACAGUAGGUCACACUGGAAUCAGCGUCACAGCAGCUCACACUGGAAUUAGCAUCACGGCAGCUUACAUUGGAGGGGGGGCAGCAGCCGACAGUGAAGGGAUCACGGGAGCUUAUAUAGGAUGAAGGCCAAGAGGCCAAAAACUACAAUAUUUGUGUUGUAAUAAUAUACAACAUCUAUUAUAACUUUUCAAAAAGGAACACUCCAAACAUAUUAGGCUCUGACAUUUGCUGAACAGAUUUUACCAAACAUUUGCUGAAAAUUACACUUAAGAGUCAGUGACACUUUAAUAUCCUCCUCUACCUUUAUAUUUUUUUUCAGUUUGUCUCCCAAACUCGACACUAUCUCUCAAUACAAGUUACAGGCAUAAAAUAUAAUCUCUACAGUUGGUUUAGUAGCUAAAAUGUUAAAAACUAAACUAUAUACAUGUUUAUUUUUCAUUGAAAAAGAAAAUAAUGUUAUUUUAGGCUUGUCCAUAAAGCUUUAUCUAGUACCUUCUUAAAAUAGAGAAAUAGAUACCUCUACAAUAAUGACUGAACCCUAACUGAAAACUUGAGAUUCCCCUGUGGCGGUAUACCCUCCUGAAGAUGGGUUUCUACCACCUGUGGUCGCCCUUUCCUAAUUGUGAUAGCUCCAGAGAGAUUAUAGCUGCCAGUAUAUACAGCAUUGCUGAAGGGGUAACCGCAGUAUCCCCCAAACACGUGCCAAGGCUGAGUGAAGGGUGAAGAAGAACUGUUUAUUCCCAGCCAAAUGGCUCACAUUUAUACAGAAUCUGGUACAGUAGACACACCCAUAAACACACCCACAAUAUGCCCAAGAAUUACAGUGUUACCAUGACAAAAACAGUAACAAGUUUUUGCUGAGUCAUAGGUAAAUUACAGACCAGUUAUGGUCUGUUAAUUUAUCUAUUAAUUCAAAAUGUUUCGAAUUGAUACUUGUGAUAAUAUUCAAUGGAGAAAAAUAUAAAACCAGAAAAACACAUAUUUCCCAGAUAGGAACCCCCACAGUCUAUACAUCCCUGGAUAGCCUGGAUCUGAGCGCCCAACAUAUCCGAAAAGCGUUCAGAUCCCACGAACUGAGCCAAAACGCCACCGUGUGGAUGUUCUGACCGGCCGCACACAUGGUCCUAUGCCCAAAAUAGUUCCAGGGCGUUUUGUGCUUUUGGCCAGUCAACUUUGGGAGUACCAUGUUGUAACGGAUCACCUGGCACCCCGACUGGGCACCUCUGUUGAUGGACGCUUCCUAGCUGACGCCAAGGACCAUAAGCACUGUACCGGACACCACAACCACUACCGACUCCACAACCACCGUAGCUUAACUGGAGUCUCGCCGUCUGCCUUCCACCCUUAAUUAACCACUGUCCUCCAUGACCGUGUGGGAAAGACCUCUCCUCCUGGAGAGCGUAACAGGAACAGCUAAGUGAUUAGAGCUCAGGGGAGUAUACAAAGUAUAGCAAUCCCCAGUGUGAAUAUAGCAGUUCCCUACAAUAACAAGACGAGGCUACGUAUUGAGGAUUAAGCAUAUCAGAACAGAAUGAACUGAGAGGUUAUUAUCUCUUUUAUACAAGUUUUCCCACAAGGUUACCACCCAUGUGGACCUUCUUGGGCACCGAUAACACAAACUCAACAGCAAAUCAUUUACAGUUACACAGUUAAACACUUUCAUUCAUUACUGUAAAUUCCUCCCCUCUGCUUGGGAGAUAAUUGAGUUAAUUGCUGUAUCAACUCAAUUAUCUCCAAGCGAAAAAUACAUUUUUUAAACAUUUCUCAUAACAUCAAAAUUAUACAUCCAAUUCACAUACAACUUACAUUUUCCAAAUGAGGAUAAUUAUGGGAACAACAUGUGAAAAAAUCAUCCGAAUCGGCUCAGUGGUUCGGGAGAUAGCUGGAAAUCACAUUUGACCGACCGCAAACAUGGCUUUCAAACCCAAAACAGUUCCACAGAUUUGAUCUGUGCGGCCGGUCUAUCUUCUCCUUCAAAAUAGGUACAAAUUGCACGAACGGAUUGUCAUUGCAAGCGUCUUGGUGUGAGUUUCUUCCCUUAGAAUAGCGGCUCAUACGAACGCCGACACCCCAGCAGUUUGUCAAUUAAGCUGCCAUUAACCACAGCUCCUGGGAGGUCAAUGAGCAGCACACUCCACUUGCGGGUGGUCUGGCUGUUCGUCAGUUUGUUCUGUAAAUGAACACCACUAACACAAUCCACUCUGCAAGUCCCAGUCAAUGGUCCAUUGCAGGAAAAACUCACGAACAGCAGCUUUUCCCCAGUCCUGAACCAGAGAUUAAUGCAGAGGCCAUAGUCACAAGGCAAAAAGGCUAACCAUUAGUCCUCUCCAAGAACAAGUGGCGAAGGGCAAUUCAUCACACAUGUGAAAGAAAUACCGAACGCACACUCUGGCUUCUUGGUAGCGUUUGUUCAUAUGAACCAUACGAGCAAACCGAAUGGCGCUCUCCUGACGUGUGGGGAAGGAGCAGGUGUUCGUCAAAGUUCAGUGGUGUUCGAGAGUUUCAGUGUCCGAUUUUAGUCCAACGUGAUCGACACCCAAACACCGCUGUCUGCAUUCUCACGAACAAGAUGGUCGCCACACAGUUCCCACCUGCUCGCGCAUACGAACCGCAGCCACCCAGCCGCACAAUCAGGACCCACACUGAUUGAAGUGUCAGGAGAAGUUACUAAGGGUCAAUAAGCUCAGAGGUGGUCUGCAGUUCGUGGAUAAAACACAGAUAAAACACAGAGGUAUAUUGAAAUACAUCCAUUAAAUUGAGAUAUAUUGGAUGUUCAGAUCACUGAAGUGGUCAUGGUGCUUGGAGUAACACAAUAAGGGAAGUAAUAUGUACAAAGAAGAUAUAACCAGUUAUGGUCUGUUAAUUUAUCUAUUAAUUCAAAAUGUUCAGAAUUGAUACUUGUGAUAAUAUUCAAUGGAGAAAAUGUAAAACAAUGGCAGCAGGUUAAAAGACAGUAGUUUGUAAAAAUUGUCAUAAUAUUAACGAACAUUAGAUGGCGCUGUGAUGUCUUAAAUAGCUCUAUGGAUAUGUAAAGUAACACAUGCGUAUCAGUUUAAUCACUGCCAUGAGUUCUGAAUUGGAAAUCUAUUUGUAGUUAAUAAAAAUUCUUAUAUUGUCAUUUUGUGAAUAUAAAGACUGAAUAUGACCAUAACGUCCUCGAAAAUCUAAGUCGGCUAUAGUGUGCUAGAUAGUGGCGUAGCUAGAGCUUUUGCCGCUGGGGCAGUCCCUGAGUUUGUCGCCCUGAUCUCGACCCAUGUCAUGUCCAGUACAGUAGCGAACGUCCGUGGCUGUGCUUGAAUCAUACCUCUUUGUACUGCACGCCUCCAGCCCAGCACUGUUUACUAGACAUAGAAACAUAAUUGUGACGGCAGUUAAGAACCAUUCGACCCAUCUAGUCUGCCCAAUUUUUUAAAUACUUUCAUUAGUCCCUGGCCUUAUCUUAUAGUUAGGAUAGCCUUAUGCCUAUCCCAAGCAUGCUUAAGCUCCGUCACUGUGUUAACCUCUACCACUUCAGCUGGAAGGCUAUUCCAUGCAUCCACUACCCUCUCAGUAAAGUAAUACUUCCUGAUAUUAUUUUUAAACCUUUGCCCCUCUAAUUUAAGACUAUGUCCUCUUGUUGUGGUAGUUUUUCUUCUUUUAAAUAUAGUCUCCUCAUUUACUGUGUUGAUUCCCUUUAUAUAUUUAAAUGUUUCUAUCAUAUCCCCCCUGUCUCGUCUUUCCUCCAAGCUAUACAUGUUAAGAUCCUUUAACCUUUCCUCGUAAGUUUUAUCCUGCAAUAAAUGAACCAGUUUAGUAGCCCUUCUCUGAACUCUCUAAAGUAUCAAUAUCCUUCUGAAGAUACGGUCUCCAGUACUGCGUACAAUACUCCAGGUGAGGUCUCACCAGUGUUUUGUACAAUGGCAUGAGCACUUUACUCUUUCUACUGCUAAUAUCUCUCCCUAUACAACCAAGCAUGACAGAUGCACAGUCAGAUUUGCCAGCAUUUGUGCUAACCUUACCCAAAACCUAUUAAGACAUGGACACCAGUUAUACUGUUGGAAAUAUUAGUCCACAGCUUUAUUAAUUAUUAAAUAAAUAAGGGAUAACAAAUAGGAGUCAUUGCCAACGAAUCUUAUUAAAGUCUACGUCCCCCCAUAUAGAUAACAUACCCCUGGCAAUGACCCCACAUUAAUAACAAUAGGUUACAAUCUAAUUAACAUAUUACCAUAGAAACUCUUCGUCCAGUAUGACCAUGUUUCCACCAUGUUACCAUAGAAACUGGCCAUUCAGUAUGACCAUAUUUCCUCCAUAGUAACUGUAGGGUGUACCAAGACACCGCAACCCAGAUAUCCAUUUGUAGGGGUGUACCAAGACACCGCUACCCACCAGAUAAAUUGUAGGGGUGUACCGAGACACCGCUACCCACCAGAUUAAAUGUAGGGGUGUACCGAGACACCGCUACCCACCAGAUCAAUUGUAGGGGUGUACCAAGACACCGCUACUCACCAGUUCCAAUGUAGGGGUGUAACCAGACACCGCUACACACCCAGGUUCGAAGCCACCGGGGGCACGAACCUACCAACCACAUGUAACACUGCCUAAUCUACACUGAACCUCAGGAUACCCACUUCUUCCUCCAUCUACUCCCCCUCCCCCCCUGAUUUAACCUGGCCAUUCCCUGCUGCUGUGAAGAAAACAGGAAAGUUAACUAACCUAACCAAAUUUAGGGAGGGUGCGAUUGACAACUGACAGGUAAGUUUAGGUUAAGUAAAGAUGGCCACUUCAUAAGAUGGACGCUAUAAAUACUCCCCUUGUGGCUCCGCCCUGCCCCCAUGUUGCUAGCUGUCACUCAAAUCCCUAUGGCUGUUAUGCCUACCUCCUGGCUCUGUCAAGGCCCACUCCUCUAGCUACGCUGAUCCAUGGCCUACAUGACAGGCGCACAGUCGGAUUUGCUGGCAUAUGCGCUAACCUUACCCAAAACCCAUUAAGACACGGACACCAGUUAUACUGUUGGAAAUAUUAGUCCAGAGCUUUAUUAAUUAUUAAAUAAAUAAGGGAUAACAAAUAGGGGUCAUUGCCAACGAAUCUUAUUAAAGUCUAUGUCCCCCGAUAGAAAUAAAAUACCCCUGGCAAUGACUCCACAUUACUAACAAAAACUAAUAAUCUAUUUAACAUAUAACCAUAGAAACUGGCCGUCCAGUAUGACUACGUUUCCACCAUGUUACCAUAGAAACUGGCCGUCCAGUAUGAACACAUUUCCAACAUAAUAACUGUAGGGUGUACCAAGACACCGCUACCCAGAUAUCCAUUGUAGGGGUGUACCAAGACACUGCUACCCACCAGAUAAAUUGUAGGGGUGAACCGAGACACCGCUACCCCCCAGAUUAAAUGUAGGGGUGUACCGAGACACCGCUGCCCACCAGAUCAAUUGUGGGGGUGUACCAAGAAACCGCUACCCACCAGUUCCAAUGUAGGGGUGUACCCAGACACCGAUUUAACGUUGCCAUUCCCCGCAACAGCUAAGGACUUGAUACCUUAAGAUCCUGAGUGACCCCCACUACACCGGAAUAAGGCCAGCUGAAUGUCGUCCAGCAGGCCCAAAUUAAAUAGAUCACAUCUGAUUUAGAUCAAAGCAAACUUUGAUUAAUUGUCUAUCUACUCCUUCCAAACUGAUUAAUUAAUGCGUGCACGCUUUUCCUUAGAAGUAAUUCACACCGGAGACAAGGUUUCUGAUUAGUAAAAAACCUGAGGAAUGCUUUAUUCCCCGGAGUGGGAUCCCCUUUUAAAGCAGAAAUACGUCAUGUACAGAGUCACAGUUAACAUACAGUAUACAUUCAACAAUUGGUUAACAGUCUAAGGGGUUUUGUCUAAACCCACCCUAAAGGAUGUAAUGUCAUCAUUACAGAGUUCUCCCACCCACAUUCCUGCUCCAUCUUGUUUACACGAUGGGAGGGGGGUGAGUAGUUACUGAACAGAGAGGGGCUGAAGGGGAAACAGUUACUUUAACAGCGAUUCUCCAUUUUGUUACACGUGGCACAUAGCUUUUAACUUGCACAAAGGAAGUGGGGGAGGAGUUAGUAAAGGUAGCUGUUCUUUUAACACAGGAAUUUGUUACACAAGGCUUGCUCGAUGGGAAGGGGGGAGGGUAGCCGGAUGGGAGGAAUUUACAGAGGAAAUAGUUACUGAGCACACAUGUACAGAGUAAAAAACACAUUUUAUCCUUUCAAGUAUUUUGUCCAUAACACAUCCUGCAUCUGAAAGAUGGACCCCAUCCCUCCUGAAAUACCCCGAAAGCAUGCUUUCCAAUUCCUGGUGCCUCACUACUAGUCCACCCAACCGUCUGAUAAACACAGCCAUCAUUUUGUUAACCUGCCCCCUAGUGGUGUGGUCCAUCUCGGACCACACCACCACCAUGCCUGGAACCAGCUCCCGUAGCUGGUCCACAUCCCUCUUCACCCACCUUACCAAUUCCUUUUUUGGGACCAUGCCCAGAUCAUUGCCGCCGUCCUUCCAUCCACCUUAAGAGGCUCAGGAGCAGCAUCAUAACUUCUGCAUCCAGCCGCCUGGUUCUGCCUCAGGGCCGUAGACGUAGUUGCAGACCUGCGGGGAGACAACAACCUGGGUAGUCUGCUCGUAGGAUACCCUACUCCUCCAUCCUCCCCGUGCUCCUGACCAUGGCCUAAAUCUUCGAUACGCCCUGCUGCCUGACCCAACUCGGCUCCUCGCCCUAUCCUCAGAUAAAGUCGAUCACCCCCUACUGUAACGCCUCCCAGACGAGUUCCUAUCUCUGCUGCGCCGAUCCGUUGCGGACUGUCUAUCCUCGCUGCGCCUGGUCCUAUCUCCCGUACUCCUCUGAACAGUAGCCUGGACUGGGAUACCCGGUGAAUCACUGUCCCAUAUCCUAGAGCAGCGCUCCCUGGUUGCAUGGCUCCUACAUUCCUGUUGUCCACCUGCCUGGCUCCAUGUAGCCAUCUGCCUAACGUCCUGCCAGACCAGGCGUGGGCCGUGCUGCGCAGCCCAGGCCCCGACUGGGCUGCAUCCUCACUCUCUGAACUCCUAUCCCAUCUGUCCAUCCUGCCUGGCCCCUCCCUGGCCGUGGAAGGGCUGCAGCUAAUCCCUGCCUGACUGCCUGCCCCAGCCGUAGCCCUUGCCGCUUUAGCUCCACCUGUAAUGGCGGUGUCUCCUGUAGCUGCCCUGGCCCCAGCCGGGGCCAUACCAGAAUCCCUCCUGCUGCCUGGGCCCCGCACGGCCCGUUCCCUUCCGUGCCCUCUGGGCACCCACGUCCUGCCCCACACCACCACAUGAUACAAGGCCCAUGGAGGCCGAUUCACCGCGUAAAAUAGGGGCAUCUCCCGCUUUGGGUGCAGGCCUGGCGGCACUCCUGGUUUCACCGGAGCCCGCCAUUUUCCGCAGUCAACCUUUUCUGCCAGCCGCCAUCCGACGGGGCACAGCCCGACCUGGGAGGCCCAGACGUGCUGCCUCCCAUCCUCAACCUAUCCCAGUGACAUUCUCUGACAUGGACUGCCUGCCAGGGGCCUCCCUAGAUGGCACACCAGUGUUGCUCAUAUCCUGCCAACUGCCGUUGUGCUCCUGCGGCCUGCUCCGGAUCCGUCAGCCGUUGGACCCGCUCCUGGGGAUGGGUUCAUUUUCCUCCUCCUGGCCGGUGCCGACCCAGGGCUUAAACAUUGUGGAUGCCUCGCCCUUCGCACAGGCUGUCGAUCCGGACCCACCGCGGUCUCGCCCGAUGGUCCCGGGGUUGCCACCCACUCACGCAACCACUCGAUACCGCAUUCCCUCCUGCAAGAAAUUCCUCAACUGGAUCCAUCUGAAAAAGAAAAAAAGAGCCUACCCAAACCUGAGAGACAACUGACAGGUAAGUUUAGGUUUAGUUAAGAUAGCCACUUCAUAAGCUGGCCGGUAUAAAUACUUCCCUCGUGGCUCUGCCAGCUUGCUAGCUAUCACUCAAAUCCCUUAUGGCUGUAUUGCCUACCUCCUGGCUCUGUCAAGGCCCACUCCCCUAGCUACGCUGAUCCAUGGGCUACAUUCUGCUAGCAUUUCCUGCUGCUCUAUUACAAUAACAAAAAAGAAAUAAUUAAUAUAUCACAUAUAUGAAUAAAAUGUACUUAAUAAGGACAAAAUAGCUUCCCUAGAGGUCUUUCCCACUUAGACCUCUUCAAUAUCAGAUGUGUAGGAAAAAAGGAAGAGGGAUGCAGCUAAAAACUAAAAUAAAAAGAAAACAAACAACACAUGAUGAUUACUGGACACAUAUUACUGGACAGCUUCCACUGGAGGAUGGUGGAUGGGAAGCAGACUCAAAUGGCUCAGGAUACAGUCAGGAACCAAAUAUCUGGAAAGAAGAUUUAUUUAGGCACAAUUGACCAAUAAAGUAUAAAAAAAUAUAUAGAAUAAAAUCUAACACGUUUCGUCCAACGCAGUGGACUUCAUCAGAGAUAAAAUGCUUUUAUCUGACUGUAUCCUGAGCCAUUUGAGUCUGCUUCCUAUCCACCAUCCUCCAGUGGAAGCGGUCCAGUAACAUCCCUCAGUGGAUUUCAAGGCGCAUAUUUCAUUAACAUCGUGUGUCAUUUAAUCUUACUGUACAUCACUAUAUGUUGUUUGUUUUCUUUUUAUUUUAGUUUUUAGCUGCUCUAUUACAUUGUCUGCCUACCUUUAAGUCAUCAGAAAUAAUCACCCCUAAAUCCCUUUCCUCAUGUUGAGGUAAGGACUCUGCCCUUAUAGAAGACCUAUAGAAAUGUGUAUUUACUUGAGGUUACAAUACUUUUGAGACCAACACCAUAAAUGAUAAGAUGACAGAAAGAUGAAAUAUAACUAACUGAACUAGUUGUUUUAAAUGCUUCAUCUCAUAUAUUAUAUAAUUAUGUUCAGGGGUGUAUUUACCGCGAGGCUGACAAGGCAUUUGCCGGGGGCAGCAAAAAAAGCCUCCCCCAAGUUAGUGAGUGUGUUAGUGUGUGUGACAUAUUAGGGAUGUCAAGAAGCAUAGCUAAACAUAGCCAAUAAAAUCUAAGUUUAUUAGUAAUUAAGUUCAAUUACUUAAUAGUGAACAAGAUGUGUCUACUAAGUUUUAAAUGAAUAUAAUGAUUUGAAUUCAAUUGGAAACACCAGAGAACAUUAGGUACUUACACUUCCGGGUAAAGUCACAUGAAUUAAAUCAUGUGACCAUCUCCAGCCAAUGAAGCACCACUACUGAUGCCAAUCACGUGAUCUAAUGAAAACGAAUCAUAAUCGCGUACGGAUGCGCAUGCGUUAGAUAAAAGUGAUUAUGUCAAAGAGAUAGAAAGAUAACUUGAUGAUAGUGUAACUUAUAAAAAAACUUCAACUGACCCUACAUUAACUUUAAAAAAGAAAAUUGAUUUGUGUUUGAAAAUGGCAUUUGAUGAUUUGAUUAUUGAUAAACAGUUAUUUAAGUAUCUUACUGUUUCUUCUCCUGUCAUUCCCACAUUGUAUAUUUUGCCAAAGAUCCAUAAGUCUUUGAUUAAUCUCCCCGGGCGACCAAUAGUGGCGGGUAUAGGGUCUCUCUUAUCCCCACUUGCCAAAUUUUUAGAUCAAGUAUCAAGACCCUUUUUGAAUCAGAUAAAAUCUCAUGUUAAGGAUACAUUUGAGGUGUUAGAAAAGAUCAAAACAAUUACAAAUGUACAGAACUUGACAUUGGUGACUUUUGAUGUCACUAGUCUAUACACUUCAAUUCCCCAUGAUGAAGGUAUGACAGCGAUGGGCGAGGCCUUGGAAAUAUUAAGCUUCAAAGACCCUUCUCUGUCAUUUCUUCUGCAAUAACUUGAAUUUGUUAUGGGUGAAAACUACUUCUCUUUUGGAAAUGAUUUCUUCAUUCAGGCCGAGGGUACUUCGAUGGGUUCCAAUGGUGCCCCCAGAUAUGCCGGCAUCUAUAUGGGCAAAUUGGAAGAAAAUGUUAUAUAUCAGAAUGAAUUGUUCAAAAAAUAUAUUGUUAAAUGGUGGCGAUAUAUUGAUGAUGUGCUGGCGCUUUGGUGUGGCCCAUUGGAACCCCUCGAAGAAUUUUUCAAUUUUCUAAAUUGUUGCUCUGAUAGCAUCAAGUUCACUAUGGAGAUGGAUCAACAUUCCAUUUCUUUUUUGGAUAUUUUGAUUGUUAAGAAUAAAUAUACAUUUGAGACGAAUUUGUAUAGAAAACCAUUAGAUAGAAAUACGUUAUUACAUUAUGACAGCUUUCAUGCUAUCCGUAUGUUUAAAUUCAUAACUAGGAGUCAAUUCAUAAGGGUUAAAAGAUUAGUAUCUAAAACUGAACUGGUAGAUCAACAGUUAAAAUCUAUGACAAAAAGUUUUUGUGAGAGAGGUUAUCCUCUAUCUAUCUUACAAACCCAAUUAGAAUAUGUCAAUAAUAAAGAAGAAACACAUGAUUUAAAUCUAUCCAAACGAGCCAAAAUAGAGGACAGAAUCAAGAUUAUUUCUAGGUACAGUACACUGUCCUCUGAUUUAAAACAUAUAAUUGAUAAACAUUGGCAUAUGCUAUCAACGUGUCAUCCAAAUAUUGUGGAAUUUGUAAAUAAACCCCUUAUGGUACAUAGACGUGCUCCUUCGUUGAGAGAUAGGCUGGUUAAAGCUCAACUAUCCUCUCCAUCAAAAUCAAUUUCAAAGAAAAAUUAAGUUUUCCAUGCUUAAAUUGCAUUUGCUGCAACUCUAUGAUUAAAGGUUUGACAUUUACUCACCCACAUAGGGGUAAUAAAUAUGUGAUUAAACAGAUGUGAUUUAUAUUUUAAAAUGCCCUUGUGGUUUGAUCUAUGUAGGUCAAACAACACAAAAAAUGAAUGAAAGAUUUUUGAAACAUAAAUCUACAAUCAGGACAAAACUGCUUGAGUUGCGCAUUCCAAUGCAUUUUGUAGAAGCAAAACAUAAUAUUACUCAACUUAAAUUUCAAAUCAUUGAACAUGUAGAAGAGAGCUCAAGACGCGGGGACCGAUUAAAAAGAUUAUGAUUUAGAGAAGCAUAUUGGAUUAGGGAACUAGGAUCCCUGACACCUAGGGGACUCAGUCAAGAAUAUGACCUCAAUUCGUUUAUUUAAACUUAAGUAUAUUUAAAUUCAAGUAUAGUUAUUGUUGUUUUUAAUUUUUUAUUUCAUUAACCCUUAAUUUUUGCUAUGUUUUACAGAUCAUCUUCACAGAUUAUCAUCUGUGUGAGCUGUGCUGGUUAACACUCUAUUGAGCACACGUCUUUUAUAUUGUCUCUCAAGUGUUCUUUAAUACGAAUCUUUAAUUAUAUGACAGUAGAUGAAUAAAUAAUAGGGGGUUAGUUAGAACUAAGACUUCGUGAUUUUUCCUGUCGUUCGAUAUAUUAUUGAUAGAUAUAUUGUAUUGAAUUAAUUAAUUAAAAAAUAUUAUUAUACAUAAUAGCUGGUAAUAUUAUUUUACAGCUUUAUAAUAAUCUUAAAAAUAUUCAAUCAUUCUUAUACUAAUCUCUAUCACUUUGACGUUCCAAUAGAUAAAAAUUAAAGCUUAAUAGUAUUGAAUCAAACAAUUUAAUUAGAUAAUAAAGUUAAAUAUAUAUUUGGCUCUUUUUAUGAAAAUCCAUGAUUUAAGUGACUAUUAAAUCUAUUGUGAGAAAAAUAAGGUCUAUUGUGAGAUUAUAUUUUAGAUAUUCCAUGAUUGCUCUCACUUUAUUAGAUCAUUAAAUAUGAUCCACUCUUUAUUUUAUUUUACACAUAUGAAUCACUUUAUUUAUUUUUUAUACAUUUAGUCACAUGGGUAGUGGCUUUUUUAUAUUUGCACAAUAUUUAUUAUUGUCCUGUGGUAUGUGAUACACACUAGGGGACCUUGUACUACUAGUAGUGUUAUAGUAUAUGUAAUACUGUUUGAUAUUAUUUUUGUAUAUAUUUUUUGGUUUAUUAUUUGUAUUAUAACUUUCACUAUAUAACCUUUAUACAAUGAGGUUAGGAUAAGUGUAUUAUUUCACAUAAUUUAUUAAUUAAUACUAAUGUGUCAUUAUAUAUUAGUAUUCACUAUAUUAUUAGUUAUAUUGUAAUAUUCACUAUAUUAUUUUUAUAUAAUUAUACAGUGAUAAUUGUGGAAUGGAAACAUAAUCUAUUAAUUGACAUUGAUCUGCUGUCAUAUGUUAAUAUUUAGUAUAUUGUUUAUAACAUUCUAUGAACUCUAUAUUUCAUAUAUUAUCCACUAUUGGGUUUGUCAAUUCAAAAGCAGAAGCCAAACCAAUCAUUUUAUUAUAUAUUUGAUAAUUACAUUGGUGUCUAUUAUAUGACUAUGAUAAUUACUAAACUUGACUUGAUAUGUGGCCCAUUGCUAUUGUCAUCAUAUAUCUAAUAUGAAUCUAUAAGUUGGGUCUCUUUAUGAAACAUUGGAAGUAUUUUGAAUUUUAUCGAUAUUUGCCGUUUUGCGCGUACGCGAUAUGACGCAUGCACACUGUAAUUAACAUGUGGCUUUGCUUCUAUGCGAUGUGUGCCAUUGCGCAUGCGUGAUUCGGCGCACGCGCGGUACGGAUGCAUUUCCUUACGCAUGCGCAUCCGUACGCCAUUAUGAUUCGUUUUCAUUAGAUCACGUGAUUGGCAUCAGUAGAUUUAAUUCAUGUGACUUUACCCGGAAGUGUAAGUACCUAACGUUCUCUGGUGUUUCCAAUUGAAUUCAAAUCAUUAUAUUCAUUUAAAACUUAGUAGACACAUCUUGUUCACUAUUAAGUAAUUGAACUUAAUUACUAAUAAACUUAGAUUUUAUUGGCUAUGUUUAUCUAUGCUUCUUGACAUCCCUAAUAUGUGAGAUGAGUAUUGGAGAGACAAUUAUGUUUUGUUUAUAUGUUUAUUAUUGUUAAUUGAUGUUGGGAGGAAUCAAUCAUUGUAUCACAUGUUUAUUCACUUAUUUAAUGGUUAUAUGAACCUAUAUAUUAUGUAUCUUGUUUGUGCUUCAGUAGCUUGCCAAAGACCCUAAGGGGUUGAAACGUUGCUGUGUAGUUCCUGGUUCUAAUAAAAUUGCCUACACUUUGGAAUUCGUUGGAGUGCCUGGAUUAUUUUCUACAAUUAAUAAUGUCAGCCCUCAUUAGUCUGAAGGCAACGUGAUGACGUAUUAGUGCACAGUACAAAGAGACGUGUGCUGUAUGCAAUCACUGUAGCAUAAUGAUAAUGCAAUGCAAAUCAGGAGCUGUUAAGGGAGAGAGAGUAUCUGUGCAGGGAGAGAGGGAGUCUGUGCAGGGAGGGAGGAGGUCUGUGCUGGAUGCAAUGAAGGAGGGGAUCUGUGCAGGGUGCAGGGAGUGAGGGAGGGAGUCUGUGUGGGUGCAGGAAGUGAAGGAGUGUGUCUGUGCGGGUGCAGGGAGUGAAUUAGGGGGUCUGUGUGGGUGCAGGGAGUGUGGGAGUGGAUCUGCGGAUGUAGGGAGUGAGGGAGAGGGUCUGUGUAGGUGCAGGGAGUGAGGGAGGGGAUCUGUGUGGGUGCAGGAAGUGAGUGUUAGGGUGCAGAGAGAAACGGGGAGGGGGUCUGUCAGGGGGGAGAGGGCUGUGCAGAGAGGAGCAUACCUGGUGUUUCUGCCAGCACUCCACAUGACAGGAAAGCACAGGAAGUGACUUCACUUCAUAUUCCUCGUCCCCUUCUCCUACCCCUCAUAUAGAGCACUAUACGGGGGAGUCCUGGCAAGCAGAGCAGGAUUGCUGCCAGGUCUCACUCAGGUGAGAGGAGGGUCACUUCACUGCCUAUAUUGGAUGGAGUAAGGAGGAAUCAUAGCUUUCUAACUGGACCUUGCCACCCCAAAAAUGUGCCACCGGGGGUGGACAGGACCCGCCCCUUGCUACACCACUGUUGCUAGGACCAGUGAGAGGGAAGGUCUGAAAUGAAAGAAGGUGCACCACAUUGAUAAGAGUAAAAGGAUACAUUUUAGGGACAGCUAGGUGGUAUGGCAGUCUGACUGCACACUAAGCUGAGCGCCAUCCUCGGGUGCAUUCAAAGAGACAUUUUAGGCACCAUAAUCACUUCCUAGCCAUUAUAUUUAUUACCAUUAUUAUUGCCAUUUAUAUAGCACCAACAGAUUCCGUAGCGCUUUACAAUAUUUUCAGAGGGUGGAUGUAACUAUAAAUAGGACAAUUACUAGAAAAUUUACAGGAACAAUAGGUUGAAGAGAACCCUGCUCAAACGAGCUUACAGUCUAUAGGAGGUGGGGUAUAAAACACAUUAGGACAGUAAAUAUCAAUCAAAUAAGGUGGGAGUGAAGCAGAGCUAGAGGAGAGAGUAAAGUGCUGCCCAGGAGAGAGCAAGAGACAGGUGUGUAAGUUGGAGGUUACUCCGUUACUCUGGGAGGUCAUAAGCUUUCCUAAAGAGAUGGGAUAUAAGCCACUUCUUAAAGGAUUGAAGACUAGGGGAGAGUCUGAUGGCAGUAGGCAGACUAUUCCAUAGGAAGGGAGCUGUCCGUGAGAAGACCUGCAAGCGUGAGUUGGUCAUAUGGGUGCGAGCAGCGGUCAGGAGAAGGUCAUGGGCACAGCAGAGGGAAUAAGGAGGGGCAUACCUAUGGAUCUGUGAAGAGGGGCUCGAAUUGUUCAGUGCUUUAUAUAAAUAUGGGUUAGUACUUUGAAUUGACUCCUAUAGGAUACAAGAAGCCAAUGUAAGGACUGACAGAGGGGUGAAGUGUGAGAGAACCGACUAGAGAUGAAAAUCAGUCUGGCGGCAGCAUUCAUUACAGACUGUAGCGGAGCAAUACGGCUUUUGGGAAGACCAAUCAGGAGAGGGUUACAAUAAUCCAUGCAGGAAAUUACUAGAGCAUGGACAAGCUCCUUGGUAGCAUCUUGUGUAAGAAAGGGGCGGAUGCGAUCUAUGUUUUUAAGUUAGAAUCUACAGGAUUUAGCAACAAACUGAAGGUGAGGCCAGAGUCAAAUAUGACGCCAAGACAGUGCUCUUGCAAGUGUGGAUUUAUGUGGAUACCACUGACUUGAAGGGAGAACGAAGGAGGAGGAUCAGUAUUAGGAGGAGGAAAGACAAGGAGUUCAGUUUUAGAGAGAUUGAGUUUUAGAAAGUGGGAGGACAUCCAGUCAGAGAUGGAAGAAAGGCAAGCAGUGACACGUUGCAGGAUGGCAGGGGAGAGGUCCGUGGAGGAGAGAUAUAUUUGGGCACUGGCGUACAUACCAGGGUCGCAGGUGUCGCGGCUGCGACCGGGCCCGGCCCACCAGGGGGCCCGGCCGCCCCUGCGACCCGGUAUGUAGCCACAGGGCCAGCCUCUUCCCCUGGGGGGCCCAGGAGGCGGCCACCCCAGGGGUUCUCUGAGGCUGGUUCUGAAGAAAUACGUAGGAAGCGCGCGUUAGAGUGAUUGCAGUUUUUCCUCACAAGACCGCAUUCGAUACGGAGCCGGAAGAUGACGUCUUUCCGGCACCGCACCUUACGCCGCCGCCAGGGAAAGCCGCCGAAGAGGAAGCACUGAGUGCUCACUCGCCCGCCCGCCUGCCUGCCUGCCCGACCGGCCACCCGCCCAGGAGCCUAGCAACACCACUGGACCCCAGGGAAUCCCCCCAGCACUCCAAAAGGUAAGGAGGCUGGGGGGAUUACAUUUUAAACAAACAAACAAACAAACAAACAAACAUGUGUUGAGUGAGUGGGAGUGUUAGUGUGUGUGUUAGAGGGAGUGUUAGAGGGAGUGUUAGAGGGAGUGUUAGUGUGUGUGUGUUAUAGUGAGUGUGAGUGUUAGUGUGUGUGUGUUAGUGGGAGUGUUAGAGUGAGUGUUAGAGUGAGUGUUAGAGUGAGUGUUAGAGUGAGUGUUAGUGUGUGUGAGUGUUAGAGUGAGUGUUAGUGUCUGUGUCUGCUAGUGUCAGUGAGUGUGUUACUGUGUGUCUUACUGAGUGUGUGUUAGUGAGUCUGUUUGAUGUCUGUUAGUGAGUGUGUGUUUGUCAAUGAUGUAUGUUUUGUAAGUGAGUGUGUAUGUAUGUCUGUCGCUGAGUGUGUCUGUCAGUAAAUGUGUGUGUCUGUUAGCUAGUGUGUAUGCUUCUGUAAGUGUAUGUGUGUGUGUGUCUUCAGCACUUACCUUUCUCCAGUGCCGGACUCCCUUGGCGCUGGGGAUCCCUCAGCCUCUCAGCUCCGAAUGCGACCGCGCACGCAUUCAAACCGCCCAUAGGAAAGCAUUACUCAAUGGUUUCCAGUGACGCUCAGUGUGUUUCCCAGCGGCUGUCAGGUGAGAUACAGCCACUAGAAGCUGGAUUAACCUCAGGAAACAAAGUUCUCCGGAAACCGCCAUGUGUUUCAGCUGCAGGGUUAAAAUCCAGAGGGGACCUGGACACCCAGACAACUUCAUUGGAGCUGGAUGAUCUUGGCGCCCGGUAGUGGUCCUUUAAAGGACUGACAUGCGCCUGCGGAAAACAUACUCUCGCUUUCCCGGCACUAUAGUGCCCCGGACGCCCCCAGCCCGGACCCUCCCGCUCCGCUCUGGAAAAGGGCAAAACCGCAUCUUUUCCAGCCGCUACGGAGAGCUCUCUUCCCGCCGGUUGUAUACACAUCGCCGCGCCAUUGGCACAUGCGAUUCAGUUGCAGUCACACAGGAAAGCAUUCAUAAUGCUUUCCUAUGGACGCUGGCGUGCUCUCACUGUGAAAAUCACAGUGAGAAACACGCAAGCGCCUCUAGUGGCUGUCAAUGAGACAGCCACUAGAGGAAAUUGGGGAAGGCUUAACCCAUUCAUAAACAUAGCAGUUUCUCUGAAACUGCUGUUUAUGAAAAAAUGGGUUAACCCUAGCUGGACCUGGCACCCAGACCACUUCAUUAAGCUGAAGUGGUCUGGGUGCCUAGAGUGGUCCUUUAAGUGUGUGUGCAUCUGCAUGCACUGGCGUACAUACCGCGGUCGCAGGGGUCGCAGAGUCUCCAAAAUCCUCUGCGCACUAGGUGUUACGCCGCUGGGGCCCAAUGGAUCACCGGCCCCAUAGACAUGUACGCACCGUAUUUGGGUGUCAUCAGUGUACAGGUGGUAGUGGAAUCUAAAAGAGGUAAUAAGUUUGCCAAGAGAGGCAGUAUAAAGAGAAAAUAGAAGGGGACCAAUGAUAGAGCCUUGGGGAACUCCAAAAGAGACAGGAUGAGGGGAGGGGGUAUCCUUGGAAAAGGAGACACUAAAUGAGCAUUGGGAGAGAUAAGAGGAAAACCAUGAGAGGACAGAGUCACAGAGACCGAGCGAUUGAAGAGUUUAAAGGAGGAUAGCAUGAUCAACGGUAUGAAAGGCAGCAGAGAGGUCAAGAAGAAUUAAUACGGACCUUUGAUUUAGCUGCGAUUAAGUCAUUAGUAACUUUGAUAAGAGCAGUCUCAAUAGAGUGGAGAGGGCGGAAGUCAGACUGCAGAGGGUCAAGGGGAGAGUUGGAAUUGAGAAAGUGAGACACAUAGAUAAAGACAAGUCUUUCCAGAAGCUUUGAGGAAAAAGGGAGCAGGGAUAUGGGACAAUAGUUAGAAGGUGAGGAUGGGUCAAGCAAUGUUUUUUUUUCAGGAUAGGUACUAUAGUGGCAUGUUUAAGGUCAGCAGGGACAGCACCAGAAGAGACAGAGCAGUUUAAGUUAGGGAAGGCACAAGAUAAGGGGAGAGAGAUCUGAUGAGGUGAGACUGAACAGGAUCGAGCAAGUUAUUCGGACGAGAGGAAAGGAGAAGCACAGCCACCUCUUGUUUAGUAGCUGGGGAGAAAGUUUGAAGGGUAGGAAAGGCAAUGAUUUACGUGUGGUUGAGAAAGAGAAUGGCGAGGAGGGGAGAAUUCCUUCCGUAGCUGUUCAAUCUUGUCUGUAAAGUAGCAUGCAAAGCUAUCAUCUGUAAGGUUAGUUUGGGGGGUGGCCACAGCAGGGCGAAGAAGAGAGUUAAAGGUGUCAAAGAGAUGCCUGGGAUUGUGGGAGCAUGAACUAAUGAGAGAUUAAAAGUAUGACUGUUUGGCGCUGUAUCACAAUAUGAAUCUAUAAUGAAGAUAGUCUGUCUGGGUGCGGGACUUCCUCCAGGAGCGUUCAGCACAAUGGGAGCAACUCUGCAGAUAGCGUGUUGAUUCAGUAUGCCAUGGUUGGGGGCGUGUCUUCCUCGUGGUGCAUGUUUGGAUCGGGGCUGCAGCGUCCAGGGCAGAGGUGAGGGUAGUGUUAUAUGUGGAAAAGGCCAGUGAGUAGAGUUGAGCGGACACCUGGCUGCUCACUGUAAAAAAAAACCUAUUGUCCCCACCCCUGUGCGAGGGGGGAUCCUACUGUCCUCCCCUUGACCCCCAACCCUGAGCGGCGGGUGGGGGCCCUAAAUAACAAUAAGGGGGGACCUACUGUCCUCCCCCGCAGCCCCCACCCCUGAGUGGUGGGUGGGGGCCAUAAAUAAGAAUUUUGGGGGGGCUACUGUCCUCCCCCCGGUCCCCACCCCUGCGCGGCGGGUGGGGGCCCUAAAUAACAAUAAGGGGGGGACCUACUGUCUUCCCCCCCAGCCCUCACCCCUGAGCGGUGGGUGGGGGCCAUAAAUAAGAAUUUGGGGGGGACCUACUGUCCUCCCCCCGGCCCCCACCCCUGCGCGACGGGUGGGGGCCCUAAAUAACAAUAAGGGGGGGAACCUUAUGUCCUCCCCCCCGGUCCCCACCCCUGCGUGACAGGUGGGGGCCCUAAAUAGGGACAUGUUAAAGAAAUCGAGCAAAUGCAAGUCUCCCAAUAGUUCCACUUUUUGGCAGACAGUCACGAUUUUGGUUUCCACUCCUGAUUUUGUUCCCUGAUGUCUCACAUCCGAGGGCAUAAUUAGACACUUUCACGCUUUAAACGGUCGCUAGGAUCCAGCAGAAAGCCCUUCCACAGAAAUAAAUCCAGUUCCUCAUUUCUGUGGGAUUAGACUGAUCAGGAAAUGACCUUGAAAAGGUUAAAGCAAACACACAGUUGGAAAUUGAUAAUUUAUUGAACAUUCUGGGAAUCUCUAGUCAAACCACUGAUACAUUUCCAUAAAAAGCAUGACCUGUUACCUAUAACAUUAUGUAUGGAAGUGAGAUGAGAGACUUAAUUAACAUCUUUACCCUCAAAAAUGUCUGUUAUAACCACUGCAAACAGAGCCGGAUUAAGAUUGCCCAGGGCCCUAGACAGGACUUCAGAUUCAGUCUCUCUCCUAGAGCCCUGGACCCUCUUCUAUGAGUGUAGGGGAGACUGAGUGUUGUGUAUGUGUGCAGGGGAGACUGAGUGUUGUGUAUGUGUGCAGGGGAGACUGAGUGUUGUGUAUGUGUGCAGGGGAGACUGAGUUUUGUGUGUUUCAGGGUGUGUGUGGAUGACACUGAAAGCUGCAUGGGGGAGAUUGAGUGUUGUGUAUGUCUUUUGAGAGCCUGUAUGUGUAAGGGAAGCCUGAGUGUCGCUGUGUGUUGUGUUUUAGGGAGGCUAUAUGAGUGGUAUCUGAGGCUGAGUGAAGCUUAUAUUUCUGUUGAUCUCUCUGCCGGCUCAGAGAGGCCUCCCUCACACACAGAGAAGCCCCUAAAAACUAGAGGGUCCCUCACUAACAGAGCCAAAGCUCCAGGUCCAGAGAGGCCCAUCGUGGACCCUGCCUGAGUAUGUGCAGUACGCUACGCUCUGAUUAGAAGUGCUACUUACAAAGUAAAUGUAGAAGGAUAAAGUGACUGUGUUUCAUAAUUAUAACAAACAUGUAUUCACAGCUAUAUGUAAAAUAUGUGCUAAUCGUACAUAAACCUGCAAGGAUUACAGUGUUUCAUUUAUCUAAAUUAGCAUUUUCUUACUAUUCUUUUAUUUUAUUUUAGAAAUAUCAUGUGAGUUUAAACACAGCUGCUGAAAGAGAAGACAAGGGAAAACCUCCCAAUAAAGAAGAUGGCGUUAUGAAGAGUGAACGAGAUGAGGAAGACACAGAUAUUUACGUGGAAUAUUUACCACCGUCCUUAUCACCAAUUUAUUUAUAUUACCUGGAAAGCAACAUGUUAUCUGCCCCUGGGGGCAGUAAAGAUCCGAAUGGUGCGGAUGGUUUUAGUUAUGGUGGUGGGGCUAUGGGUGGUGGACUUGGGAAUAUAGAAGACAAAUUGCCAAAACGUCCAAUUUCCCCUGGGGGCAGUAAAGAUCCGAAUGGUGCGGGUGGUUUUAGUUAUGGUGGUGGGGCUAUGGGUGGUGGACUUGGGAAUAUGGAAGACAAAUUGCCAAAACGUCCAAUUUCGGCAAAGUAUAAAUAUUUCAAAUCCCAGUAACCCGAGUUUGCUAUUUAAAUAAUGUCUGACAAAGCUGACACACGUCAGAAGGUCCGCUUGUUCAGUAUCUGUAUCUUGGUCUAUCUGGGGUUAGAUAAUAUCUCUCAGAAUGUUUGUUCUGUGUUUCCUGAUCCAAUACUUGCUUCUUUCCCAUAAUUCUCUAUGUUACCAGCUGUCUGAUCCGGUCAAUCUACCCAUAUUCUCUCUGUAAAGCGAUGCCACACUUUCAUAAACAUAGCUCUAUUAUUGCAAUAAAUAAAUAUAUAUAACAAUCAAUGUUUCUGUGUUACAUUUCAUACAGCGCUUUGAAUUCUCACUUUAGUGAAUAACUCUGAUAAGGUACAUUUCAGGGAUCCAUCAAUUUGCAUAAAUAUUUUAGUAAAAAAGCUGUCUAUUAAAGCAACAGUGAUAUAUUUUCUUCCCAAAUCCAUCAUGAACACUUGUGCUAGACCACAGGAUUUUAACAAUUUUUGUCAGCGAGUAAAAUUACAUGGUAUUCACUCUAUGACCCUUUCUUAAACUGUAACAUUGGCUCAGUUACCCAUUGUACAGGCGUAAUGUUAUUAACGUUCUGGGUACCUAUUGGAAUAGACCAAUAGUGUAGACAGGACUCAGUGGAGUAUUUUUAUUUGCAACCUGAUUUUAUAUAUUGAGAUAAUAAUGUGUACUGGUUCUCCUGAUAAGUUAUAGGACCUUUACUAGAUUAUUGUUCCAGCAGUUUUGGAUCCUCCCUACCUUUUACUGUGGGGUGUAAGCACCUGACUAGCGGAUACAUUUGUAUCAAGGACUAUUUUAAUACAUUUUAACCAUUUUUAUUCACAACUUGUAUUUUUCAUUUCCACUGAGUCCUGUCUACACUAUUGGUCUAUUUUCCAAUAGGCACCCAGAACUUUGACAAAUUUAACCCAGGGUGGUGGUUAUUUCAGACAGUGGUACAGUGGUUAUGGUAGUUGCAUUUGGUCUCUAAUUUUAACUUAAGAAGGUUAUUUUACCAUUUACUGGUAUUUAUCCAUCAUAUAGUUACCUAUUUACUAGUAAUAUUAUUAACAUCUCUCCCGGGCAUCAUACGGUUUACACAACACCAGGAAAGCAAGCUAACUACAAUCAACUUCUUAUUGUGAGAUUUUUAGGGAGGGAUCUGGAUUAAUUAGGGGACUGGGCAAGCAGGUGUCAGGAGAGAUUCAGGGCCAUUUUCUGCAUUUUGGGGCUAAAUGUGCAGCAUAUACUGCAAGUGGGUUUGAGUUAGGAAACAUCUAAAGACUGUGUGCCUACUGGGGUGAACAGAACCUCGACAUGUGCUUCUGGAGGAGCCUCCUUGCCAGCCUCCUGCCUCAGGACUAUGGGCCCUGGAAUAUACCUUGCCCAAUGCACUUCAAAAGUCUCUGUCCAUGUGAUUUAUGUACUUUUGGACUUCAGAAAGAGAGACUGACCGUUAGCCCUAAUUCCCUGGAACUGUUUUGAGCAUAGGACAAAUUAUGACUUCCAUGGAAAUCCCGAACCCCUGAACCAAUCUGGAUGAUUUUGGGUUAUGUUGGUGACCCAGACCGGGGCUAUCAGGGGAUGUGACUGUUGUGGGGUUUCCAUGUGUUUUGGGGAUACUUUCAGGAUGUUAUUAAAAUGUAUGUUUUCUGUGCCUGGAGAUAACUGAGUUUAGUGCAGUUCCUGACUCAAUUAUCUCUUAGGCACAGGGGAGAUUUACCCUGUUUUGUGUGGGAGUGUCCUGGACAUGAGAGAUAAAAUAAUUAAAGUGUGUACCUUGUCAUAGUUCCCUCUCAGGUCAGUUGGGGAAUGCCCCUGGAAUAUGUUAUGGAAAACCCCUUGCAUGGGGACCUGCAUAUAUACUCAUAAUACUCCCUUGGAUUAUAAUCACUAGCUCUUGUAAGAGCUAUCCUGCUUUACUCUCUGGAUUGCUCUGGGUGGAGGACAGCAAGCCCCAACCAAGCUUUAAUGCUGGCUGCGAGGUUAUGGUGUAUAGUGGAGUGCUUGGAGUUCUCGGUGAGCACUAGGAAGCAUCAAUUGGCGGAGGCACAGAGCCUAAAAUAAUGUGUGCCCACCACAGGGUACAUAUGCACUAUAAACCGAGGAAAAAUACUGCAACACUUAGCAAUAGCUCAGCACACCUCCAAAAAACGAUAUCAUGGCACUAGAAAAAGUGCAGAGACGAGCUACAAAAUUGAUAAAAGGAAUGGAGCAUUUUAAUUACGAAGAAAGGUUAAAAAAUUUAAAUCUGUUUAGUUUGAAAAAAACGCCCCUCAGAGGGGAUAUGGUAACAUUAUACAAAUAUAUUCGGGGCCAGUACAAACCAUUAUCUGGAAAUUUAUUCAUAAACUGGGCUAUACAUAGGACACGUGGUCACACAUUUAGGCUGGAAGAAAGGAGAUUUCAUCUAAGGCAAAGAAAAGGUUUUUUUACAGUAAGAGCAAUAAGGAUAUGGAAUUUUCUGCCUGAAGAGGUGGUUUUAUCAGAGUCUAUACAGAUGUUUAAACUGCAAUUGGAUAAAUACUUGCAAAAACAUAACAUACAGGGAUAUAAUUUCUAAUUAGUGGGGUAAUAGCUGCUUGAUCCAAGGAGACAUCUAAAUGCUAUUUUGGGGUCAAGAAGGAAUUUUUUCCUAGUUUGUUGCAAAAUUGGAAGCGCUUCACAAAAUUUGCCUUCUUUUGGAUCAACAGCAAAAACAUAUGUGAGGAAGGCUAAACUUGAUGGAUGCAAGUCUCUUUUCAGCUAUGUAACUACAGUAUAUACUCGAGUAUAAGUCUAGUUUUUCAGCACAUUUUUUGUGCUUAAAAACCCCCACUCGACUUAUACUCGAGUCACUGUCUGUAUUAUGGCAACUUAGAGAGCCGCGGCCGUCAGAGCCAUGGCAACGAUCCGCGCGGCAACCAGACCGCGAGACUUACAGUGGAGCUGACCGGAACGGAGGAGACAGGAGCUGCAGGAAAGGUAAAUAAAUGCUUCCUGCCGGCCCCCCCCACUUCACAGCCCAUGCCACUGGACCACCAGGGAGUUAACAAGCAGGGAGGGGGGACAAAAAAAAAAAUUAAAAUAAAAAAAUAAUAAUAUUAAAAUAAAAAAAAUUUAAAUAAUAAAAAUGCCCUCCCCCCACCUAGUUCACACACACUACACAAACACACACUCUGCAUUAUAUACACAGAGUGUGUGUAUAUAAUGCAGAGUGUGUGUUUGUAUGAGUGUGUGUGUAUAUAUAAUGCAGAGUGUGUGUUUGUAUGAGUGUGUGUGUAUAUAAUUAUAAAAAUCACAGAAUUUCAUAGCCCCAAGUUUUACCCUCGACUUAUCCAUGAGGCAUAGCAUAUUUCACAAUUAUUGGUCACAAAACUGGACUCGACUUAUACAUGAGAUCGACUUAUACACGAGUAUAUACGGUAUGUAAUGUGUGCCUACACAAGCCACUAUGAGGUCAAAAAGACUACUAGGAACCCUGUACUACAAAUAGCUACAGUCCUGCUAACCGUAAUAAAUCCCACAUUACCUCAACUCACCACAGUGGAUUGCCUACAUACCAAAGAAAAUAGUCCACACUAAAGCCUGGGAAUAAAAAACAUAAUACUACAUACUAAAUAAGAUAAGUACUACCCAAAAUUACAAGAGAAAAAUAAAUUACAAAAAGACAUGCCGACGCGCAUUUCGGCAUGUAGCACCACGCCUUUGUCAGGGUCAUAGGCUGCCGCUGCUAGUUAAGAACCCAGAAUAAUUAGCCAUGUGCCUGUCCUCCAAUAGGGAACAAAGGGUGUAAACCUAGGGAGACAUUUUCACAAUGCAUGUAAUCCACAGAAAAAUAUUAGGUAUAAAAAAGUGCAUAUUUAUUAAUAAAAAAAACAUAGACGUAUCAAAAAUCCAUGGUAUCAUGCUGUCACAGCAGCCCUCAUAGAUGCUAAAGGUAGUACAUACAUAUCGCACAAAGGCAGAAUCGGGCAUUGAAGUAGCAUAGAUUCCCCAACACAGGAGAGAAAUAGAAAACUCGAAAAAUGUUUAUUAGCCGUACUACCUGUUACUGCCAGACAGGGGAGAAACCACCCAGAAGACUACCCUAAAAAAAAGUGUAUAGGCCAGGACGCAUUUCACACCUUCCCUGGUGCUGCCUCAAUAUGGGCUUACAGAAGAAAUUCCAGAAAAUAUAUAGGAGGUGUCCGUCAGAACGAGACUUCUUAGAUUCAAAAGAAGCCCACGCCUUCACUUAAUUGCAGUUAGUGCUAAAAACACCCUUUCAAUGACGGAGUGUUAGGGCUGGGGAAAUUCCUCAAUAGUUACCAGCCCCCUAUGUCCUCCCACACAUAAGAAAAAACCUAGAUCAUUAAAAAAUGGAAGAAAACCUAAACUGUAAUCUCAGUGAGAUUCCAAUUCUCAUCAGAAGAUGACUUUAAAGUUAGAAAUUCUUUCAAAGACGGAACUGAUAUCAACAAAAGACAUAUAGCACUCCCUGUCCGAAAGAAGGGAAUGCUUCCAAUCGUAUUGAGGUUGAUCACUAUAGUGUCAGGAAAACCGCGGCGCUGAAGGGGUUUAAACCUCUUCAGCAGCUUACCUUAUUCCAGCGCCGGGCUCUCUCCUCUCCUCCCCCGCCGACGUCAGCUCCCCCGGCCAAAUGUGCAUGCGCGGCAAGUGCCGUGUGCUCAUUCAAAGUGUCCAUGGGAAAAAAUUUCUCAAUACUUUCCUAUGGACGCUCUGCGCGAUGGAGGUGAAAGACAGCCUCUCGAGGCUGGAUUAACCACAAAUGUAAACAUAGCAGUUUCAGAUGGACAUUAUAUGGGGUGAGGGAAGUUUGCUAAAAAAACACUCCGGCAUUUCUUAUAUCCUCAGGGACAAGACAGAGGGGAGAAAGAGAUAUAUUAAUGCUCCCCAUUAGAGCCCCGAAAAAUAAUUCUAAGGGUAUAGUAAAUAUCCCCUAGGGAUGUGCUCCACAACCUCUUUAUUAUAUUUCCCGGAAUGGCAUGAAAGUAAAUAAUGGAACACAAGAUCAUGACAAAUAUUGAUGAAAAAGGGAGACAAACAAAAGGAAAAAACGUGGUAAAAAGAAGGGGGGAAAAUAUAAUAAUAUAGUAAGGUAAGAUCGAGGGGAAAAAUCAGAAGGAAGAGCAAUUACAUAGAAAUAUAGAAUGUGACGGCAGAUAAGAACCAUUCGGCCCAUCUUGUCUGCCCAAUUUUCUAAAUACUUCCAUUAGUCCCUGGCCUUAUCUUAUAGUUAGGAUAGCCUUAUGCCUAUCCCACGCAUGCUUAAACUCCUUUACUGUGUUAACCUCUACCACUUCAGCUGGAAGGCUAUUCCAUUCAUCCACUACCCUCUCAAUAAAGUAAGAUAUUAUUGUAGCGGAGAGCUGGUAUUACACAGCUUACCUCCAUUUUAGAUCCCAGGGAGACUCAGGAACAGCAAUUAGAAAUCCAUAGGGCAGAGUAUCCAGCAGGCAAAAUAAUACAGCAAUAUCCCAACAGCAAUCACAAUAACUGGACGACACACAGUAUCAGGAGCAGAACUAAAGAUUUAUUCACACAGUGGCCUUAUAAAGCAUGCUUCCAUGCAAGGGAGGGAUUUCCAUUCAUUAGUACAGUAGCCAAUCCUGUCCCGGUAACCUCCCACACAUCUCCUCCCCUCAGCCUGCAUCAUAAUCCCCUUAUCCAGGAUACCGAUUCCCCCCGUUUCUGGAUGUACCCCUAAACAAAGGGGUACCACUUUAAAUUAUACAUCCCCUGGUAGCCCUGAUCUGGGUGAACAACAUAUCCAAAAAUCACCCAGAUCAGGUGAAUCACACACGAAAGGCUCCAGUUGUAGAGACUAGGGGGGGUUUGCCGGAAUCCCCUCGUUCGGUUGCUUCUGUCUACCGGUAGUUUGGAACCAAACAGACCGGGCUCGUGGAGGUCUCAGCGAUGUUCGCCUAGUCGAGUGUCCGAUUUGAGUUCCAGACACUCGACGGUAAAACACAGCUGUUCGGGAGUUUUAAAAUGGCCGCCGCCACGUGUUCUUUUCCCGAAUGGCAGCCACCCCCGAGAACAAAGGACUACUGUACAGCUUGGCAAUUAACCGUUCGCAACAAUGUUGCAACGGUUAAUUGGAGGCACACUUCACACCGGGGAGGUCUGGCUGUUCAGUAGUUUCAUUCCCUUAUUUGUUAUAAUGAAACUACCGAACAAACAGACGAACAUAGUACAUUAAACACAUAGAAUUUGUUAAACAGACGAAUACAGUUCACAUGAAUGCAAUUUUCAGGACAGCCCAGUGCCAUCCGCUACAAUUAUUUUUAAACCUUUGCCCCUCUAAUUUAAGACUAUGUCCUCUUGUUGUGGUAGUUUUUCUUCUUUUAAAUAUAGUCUCCUCCUUUACUGUGUUGAUUCCUUUUAUGUAUUUAAAUGUUUCUAUCAUAUCCCCCCUGUCUCGUCUUUCCUCCAAGCUAUACAUGUUAAGAUCCUUUAACCUUUCCUGGUAAGUUUUAUCCCGCAAUCCAUGAACCAGUUUAGUAGCCCUUCUCUGAACUCUCUAAAGUAUCAAUAUCCUUCUGGAGAUACGGUCUCCAGUACUGUGUACAAUACUCCAAGUGAGGUCUCACCAGUGUUCUGUACAAUGGCAUGAGCACUUCCUCUUUCUACUGCUAAUACCUCUCCCUAUACAACCAAGCAUUCUGCUAGCAUUUCCUGCUGCUCUAUUACAUUGUCUGCCUACCUUUAAGUCAUCAGAAAUAAUCACCCCUAAAUACCUUUCCUCAUAUGUUGAGGUUAGGACUCUAUCAAAUAUUCUGUACUCUGCCCUUGGGUUUUUACGUCCAAGAUGCAUUAAAUUGCACUUAUCCACAUUAGAUGUCAGUUGCCACAACUCUGACCAUAGUUCUGAUUUUGCUAAAUCAUUUGACAUUUGGCUUAUCCCUCCUGGAACAUAAACCCUGUUACAUAUCUUAGUAUCAUCAGCAAAAAGACAUACCUUACCAUUAAGACCUUCUGCAAUAUCACUAAUAAAAAUAUUAAAGAGAAUGGGUCCAAGUACAGAUCCCUGAGGUACCCCACUGGUAACAAGCCCAAGCUUUGAAUAUACUCCAUUGACUACAACCCUCUGUUGCCUGUCACUCAGCCACUGCCUUACCCAUUGAGGCAACAAAUUAUCUCUUCUAUGUAAGAGGGCAAUUGAAUCCAAGGACAUGUGAAUAAUAUGUUACAGACCACUUUCCGAUUAUAUAAAAUUGAUUGAGUGGUAUUGUAUAUACAUAGAAUGGUCUCAUAUAAAUGAAAAAACAAAACGUAACUGUCCAGGUGGCCAAUCCACCAUGCCUCUCAUUAAAGUGGCAUGAUACCGGGGUCUCUAAUCUGCCGCAUACUGAAUUAGCAAUCUCUAGUGUGAAUUCUAAAGUGGUAAAAGGUUUCCCCCCAUAUAUAGCAAUCUGCAUGAGCAAGUAAGCAGAUAGAUGAACCCCUUGUUAGGCAAUUAAAGAAGGAGCGUGCUCUGCACUCGACUGAGUUGUCACUCUCUUUACAGGUUUUAGACUGGCGUUUAAUGUACCUACAAGUAGUACAAUGCCCACAUUGAUAUAUGCUCAAAGAGCAUAUUAGACAGACUACACUUCCAAUGAAUAUACAGAUUCCUAUCAACAUACUGUGUGAAGGGAGACACUGGGUACGGAGAGGGCUUGUCCACAGGCUUGCAAUCUACAGGGGACAUGAGUUAUAGUGAUAGGUUGCUUCUCACAAUAUAUUGAUCUAGAAGGAAAAGGUGAAACACAAGCAGAUAUAAAAGUGAUUAUUCCUCUAACCAGCGGAAGACAGCCCCAGUGGAGGUACUGCCCCGAAUGAAAUCGAGCAAUAGGUCUCAACACGCAGAUCAUAUCCACCAGGCCCCAAUAAAACGUUUAUUAUAGCAACUCUGUCUCCCUCACUGCAAGUGUGGACCCUUCUGAUACCAUAAAAAGCCUUACGAGGGGACUUUACAGAAUUCAUUGUGUUAUGUAUCACGUUACAGAUGAAGGACGAGUCGAUGAGAUGAUUCCAUUAAUGGAAUGUGGGUCCUUAUUAAAAAGGUUACAAAUCACAAUGGGAGAGGCUGUUGAUCUUGUUCCCAAGCUAACUGGUGACAAUGCCAAACCAUCAGCCGAGUCCGUGGUAAAUUCCCCAGGGAUAAUCAUUUCUUGUAAACACCUUCAGUGCUUAUUAUAACAUUUUAAAAUGUUUCAUGUGCAACUUUGCAUGAAGAGAACACUAUAGAGUCGACGAACCAGUAUAUUAUCUCAGCAAACAGAAGAAAAUCACUUUCAGGAGAAACAGAGCUUAAUCAGAAACAAGGACUGCGCUGCUUGAAUGUGUAGCGGUACUUACUUUACCCGGGGGCUGGCCGAGGUCCUCUCUUCCCGCCGCGCGCGAGAUGCGGUCACGCGUCCCGCCUAGCUCUAAGAGCGUGCCGCGCGUCUCGGGCAUGCUCUUAAAGGGGCAGUGGGAGCCAAAAAAUACAACGGUCUCCCAUUGGCCCCUGUCAUCCCACAUUCCCCAUACACUCACAUUUUGGGGGCGUGGAUAUGACAGGGGCUAAUCAAAGUAAAGGUUAGGGUAUUUUUACUUACCUCUCCCUUAACUCCCUGCCCUAUCGUGGUUUCUGUUUCAGUUCCCUUUAGCGCUUGUUGUGUUCAGUUGUGAUUUUCGUGCUUGACCUUGGCUUUGUAUCUGACUUUAUCUCUCUAUCCCUGUUUUGUCUUGUUUGCCGGCUUACUGUCUACUGUGUACCAGACCUUGGCUAGUUUUUUUUCUCGCAGUCUCUUUGUUCCCUUGACCUCGGCUCAUUCUUGACUCUGUCUAUUCUCUGCUAUACGGCGAGUCCAGCCAUUCUAAGGUCCGGUAAGACGUAUCUGCUCUAUCUGUCGAUUGUUGGACUAAAUCUUGCGUGUUGGGGUAAACUACCAUGACAGAAUGUCUCCAGGAAUGUCUACUGCGAAGAUAGAAAUAAAUAGAAAUAAAACAAUAUUUCAAAUAAAGUUAACAUGAAAUAUUAAAAGACUAAGCUCAGUUAUUUUCCCAUUUUGUGUUGACGCUCUCAGUCAAUGAAUGCGGCCCUUCUUAGGUGAGUGUGGCUAUCUGGAUUCUCUUUGCAGGAGAAGAGGGGGCAAAAUUUAAUAACAGUAGACACUAAUUUAUGUAUUUAUUUAUUUAUUUAACAGUUUCUACAUAGAGCUAAGAUGCUUUAAAAGAUGAAUAUAAUAAGAUAAUGAUAGACCAUGAAUGCCAUUGGAAUAUUAUACAGAUAUAAUCACAUAACGCCUUGUAAUCAGGUCAGACUGGGCUGACAGAAAGGAGUUUACAUUAGCAGGCACAUUGAUUAUAUUAUUAUUGCGUUUAUACAGCUGGAGCACUUGCACAAUAAUUAACGAGUGAAGAGAACAAUUAUUAUUUUAAUAUAAAGACAAGUGGAAUUCUAGAUCAACCAUAGAUAUAUGCGUGCUAUUCUAUGAAGAUUUGCUGUCUCUACGGAGAACAUGAAAAAAGUAAAAAAAACUAUCAGUAAAGAUUUCGUUCACUCCAUUGGAAGGCUACAUUAAUAAUAAAAACACCAUAAUCUGUCUACUAAUAUUUAUUAAGAGACAAAACACACAGCUACGUACAAAUGCUAUCUAGAGCAACAUACCCAAUACUUAAAUAUUAUUAAAUCCAUAAAACACACAAAGGGCUGGUGGGGGACAAUUCCCCCAGGGGUUGUUACCUGCACCCACCCACCAUUAAAAUAGCAGGAGGUGUAUUGAGAAAUCUGUUAGCAUAGUACUUCAAGAAUUAGGGUGUGCUUGGGUUGGUGGCCUGCAAUAUCAAUUAUCAUUAAGUUAUUAUUUUUAUAGUGCCAACAAAUUCCACAGCGCUUUACAGUGGGUGGACGAACCACAAUGUAGUUGUAACCAGAUGUAGCGGAGUAGUAGUAUUAUCCAUGGUAGCUCCGCUGGCAGACAGAAUAAAGCAGGUUCAAAGCAGGUAAAAUCCAGGUAGCGUAGUUACAAUCCCUUUCUCCCAAGACGACAUAUAGCUUGGAGGUCAACUGAGGUUUUAAUCAUAGGUCACAGUAUUUAUGUGGUUACUAAUGUAAGGGGUUUCCCAAGUCACAUUACAGGGUUUGUCCAGUAGGGGACUACAUGGGGGACUGAGUUUUACAGACUGAUUACCCAUCAUACACUGCUGUACCAAGGAGAUAAUUACCCCAGAAUGCAUUGCUAAUGGGAUUAUCUCUUGGUACAGAGAAAUACAAUUUUUACAUUAAAAUCCAUAACCGGCAUAAUAUUCCUGCUAGGCAGCUACUAAACCCUUUAUUACAUAGCUGGGACAUGAGCGCACAGUUAAGGGAACUUGCGCUCAGAUCCCCGCACAAAUAACCGAACGCGGUUCAUUUUACCGUAUCAGGACCACUUAGUUUAAAACGGUUGUAUUAACUGAGGGAAUAAAAGUCCUGAAAGCAGAAAAGUCCCGAACGGCUCGGACGUCCAGUUUUCCGCAAACAAAGAUGGCCGCCGCCACGUGUUCGGUACAUGAAUGGCGGCCACCCGCAACAGACCUCAAUUAGCACGGAUCCAUUGAUGCAAAGUACCUAAUUGGAGACACACGCCCUGCUAAGGGUGGUCUCCCAUUCGGUACUUUGCUUAUUCCACGAACAGUGCGGUGAUUCAUGGAUAAUCAAGCUGAACACUAGCGUUAUUCGUGUGCUGUAACACACUAAUGCUGCAUACAUUGAUCUUUUAUUCGGUGAACUACACAAUACGGGUAAUAGCAUAAAAUAUACAGUUAUACUCUAUAAGUGGCUAGAUUUGCCACACCAGACAAGUUGGACACACAAGAACAGAGGGGAUGAGGCCCUGCUCAAUUACAUGCUAGAGGGAGGGGGGUAAAGUGACACAAAAGAUAAGGAUAGUAUUAGACUAGUGACAGUUGCAAGAGAGGAAUCAGUCGGGAGCUAUUAACAGUUUAAUUGAUACGCUUUUAUUAAGAAGGGGAUUUUUAAUGAUUUUUUUGAAGGAGUGGAGACUGGGUGAGCAUCUAACGGAGGAGGGAAGUGAGUUCCACAGGAAAGGUGAACCCUGGAGAAGUAUUGAAGGUGCGCACCGGAGGUGGGAGUACAGACAGAAGAAUUCCAUUUUUUAUGUAUAUCUCUAUUUUACUUUGAUCAUUUUUUAUAUACUGUUUUGUUCCUACAAAUAAAGUUUGUUCCGUGACUUAUUCCAUACUUCUCCAGUGAAGGGGCCCCUCACUGGAGAUAUUUAGACAUUUUCACGGAAUUUGAAUUUCUUAGAUAUUAUGUUCUACUUGAUUGUUCAAUAAACGUCCUUUACUUAAAUUAUCAAUGUUGGUAUAUUAUAUAUAUAUAAUUGUACUAUCUAGCUGGGCCUCCUAGCAAGUCAUUUCUAUACCUUAGAUUGUUAGUAUCUAAGUUGCUACACUGUUAUCUUAUCACACAGUUGAAUAGAUUGGGCAGACUAGAUGGGCCGAAUGGUUCUUAUCUGCCGUCACAUUCUAUGUUUCUAUGUUUCUAGAUACUUAUCCUCUUAUAGACUGACCUAGCAGUAGACAUUUAUAGAACGUACGAAGUGGUAUCCUUUUAUAUGUGAUUCUUACUUGAGAUUAUUUGAUCUCUUUUUGGCUGGAACUGAUUUUGAGUUUAUUGGAGCGCUCACUAAUACACUCGUUUUAUCCGUUUUAAUAACUAUUAGGCGCUGGUUGUUGUAUUGUGAAGCAGCCCAUUUAAAGUUACACUACCUAUUUAUUUUUUGCUAUUUAUAAUGAUUCAGUAACCAGCUAUUUUUCAUUUGACUAUACAUCUCUAGUUUUAUUAAGUAUCCCCUUAUAAUUCCUGGGGAAGUAUCCAUGAGAUUAUUUUCAAUGAAAUAUAGAGAAUUCAUCUUGGAACUGUAUUCUCAAUUUCCUUUAGAGUUAAGUAAACAGUAAGUCUCUAUGGCGGUUUGGAGUUUAAUUUAAAUUCAUCUUUAAGUUUAAUCACAUUUUGAAAUGAAUUAAUUUUGAAAUGAAUGCCUUAACAUGAUUCAUGUUCAUUAAUUAGACAUGCAGUAAAUGGGUCAGACUUUAAAUACUAUAUAAAGCGAAACAUGAUUGCCGUUCAGUAUUACUCUGCAGGAUCACACAACAUGAACACGAAUCGUACAACCUCUUAUCAUUCUGUCUAUUCCAGGGACACCAUGAAAACUCCGGGACGCCCACAGUUCGAUCAAGGAAACUCAGCGGUAAGUGUAACUCAGUAAGGGCUGAUACAGAGGUAGGUAGGCUGUAUAACACAGGCAGUAUACAGGUGAUACUCGAAAAAUUAGAAUAUCGUGCAAAAGUUCAUUUAUUUCAGUAAUGCAACGUAAAAGGGAAACUAAUAUAUGAGAUAGACGCAUUACAUGCAAAGCAAGAUAGUUCAAGCCGGGAUUUGUCAGAAGUGUGAUGAUUAUGGCUUACAGCUCAUAUUUACAUUUUUCGAGUAUCACCUUUAUUUAUGGAUCCUGCCAUAUGAGGAAUAUGGGGCUGGAACUGUCACUCCAAGAGAGACUUAUAUCACAAUAGGAGAUACACUUUUUAUUUAUUUUUAUGUAGAAAGUUUUUUAUUACUUUUAAUUACAAAAAAUCAAAUACAACAUUGAAACAUUAAAAAUUAAUAAUACAUGAAGUAUGAUAAAUGUGGAUCUUCCUUCCCAUCGACAUCUAAAUAAGUUACAUUCUAACUUGUCAAACUUUGUCCUGUGGCUGCGAAAGAUAUUUCCUGUCUGAUUCUUCCCUUCCCUCCCAUGGCCACAAGAGGGCAGUGUGUUUGUCUGUCUACAGAGCAAGCCAGACACUCCCCCUUCCCUCCUGCUCGCAGUGUCAGACCCUCCCCCUACCCUCCUGCUCGCAGUGCCAGACCCUCCCCCUUCCCUCCUGCUCGCAGUGUCAGACCCUCCCCCUUCCCUCCUGCUCGCAGUGUCAGACCCUCCCCCUUCCCUCCUGCUCGCAGUGUCAUACCCUCCCCCUUCCCUCCUGCUUGCAGUGUCAUACCCUCCCCCUUCCCUCCUGCUCGCAGUGUCAGUCACUCCCCCUUCCCUCCUGCUCGCAGUGUCAGACCCUCCCCCUUCCCUCCAGCUCGCAGUGUCAUACCCUCCCCCUUCCCUCCUGCUCGCAGUGCCAGACCCUCCCACUUCCCUCCUGCUCGCAGUGUCAGACACUCCCCCUUCCCUCCUGCUCGCAGUGUCAGACUCUCUCCCUUCACUCCUGCUCGCAGUGCCCCUUCCCUUCUGCUCGCAGUGCCAUACCUUCCCACUUCCCUUCUGCUCGCAGUGCCAGACCCUCCCACUUCCUUUCUGCUCGCAGUGCCAUACCCUCCCCCUUCCCUUCUGCUCGCAGUGCCAUACCCUCCCACUUCCCUUCUGCUCGCAGUGCCAUACCCUCCCCCUUCCCUUUUGCUCGCAGUGCCAUACCCUCCCCCUUCCCUCCUGUUUGCAGUGCCAGAUCCUCCCCCUUCCCUUCUGCUCGCAGUGCCAGACCCUCCCCCUUCCCCUUUUGUUUGCACUGCCAGAUCUUCCCCCUUCUCUUCUGCUCGCAGUGCCAGACCCUCCCCCUACCCCUUUUGCUUGCAAAUUAGGGUAGGCAGUGUAUAAAAUUAGGAGAGGGAGGGGGACCUUGUAUUAAAUUAGGGGAGGGCAGUGUAUUAAAUUAGGGGAAGGAGGGGGACCGUGUAUUAAAUUAGGGGAUGGCAGUGUAUUAAAUUAGGGGAGGGAGGGGGACCGUGUAUUAAAUUAGGGGAGGGCAGUGUAUUAAAUUAGGGGAGGGAGGGGGACCGUGUAUUAAAUUAGGGGAGGGCAGUGUAUUAAAUUAGGGGAGGGAGGGGGACCGUGUAUUAAAUUAGGGGAGGGCAGUGUAUUAAAUUAGGGGAGGGAGGGGGGGCAUUGUGUUAAAAUAGGCAGGUGGGCAGUGUAUUAGGGUGAUGAGAGUUGGUAGUGUAUUAGAGUGGUGAGGGGUGGCAGUUUAUUAGAGUGGUGGAAGGGGGGCAGUGUAUUAUAGUGGCUGGGGAGGGCAGUGUAUUAGGGUGACGAGAGUGGGCAGUGUAUUAAGGUGGUAAAGGGUGGCAGUUUAUUAGAGUGGCGAAAGGGGGGCAGUGUGUUAUAGUGGCUGGGGAGGGCAGUGUAUUAGAGUGGUGGGGGGACAGUGUGUUAAAUUGGGGGUAGAGCGGUGUAUUAAAUUAGUGGAGGGAGGGGCCAGUGUAUUAAAUUGGGACUGGGAGGUUAGUGUAUUAAAUUAUAGUGGUGGGAGUGGGGGCAGUGUGUUAAAUUGGAGGAGGGGGCAGUGUAUUAGAAUCAGGCCCGGACUGGCCAUCGGGCAUACCGGGCAAAUGCCCGGUGGGCCGCGGUGGCCGUGGGGCCGAGGCCAGCAGGGGAGGUCACAGGAUCUCCCCUGCCGGUCUAUGCAGGGCCGGCGCUAUCCGAGCGCCGGCCCCGCUGUCUUCCAUGGAGGGCCGGUGGGGAGAUCAAAGAUCUCCCUCACCGGCCCACAUGCUCAAACGCGGCCGCCGGCGGGGGGAGAGGGAGGGAGACAGCCGCCAGGAGAGAGGACCCGGCGGAGCUCUAACUUGCAGCUCCGCCGGGAUUCUCUCGCGAGAUCCGGACCGUUGCUAUGGCAACUGGCCGGGUCUCGCGAGAGUGAACUCUAGCCCCAAAGGGCUAGAGUUCACUUACCACGAGGACCACCAGGGAUGGCUGGCAGGAGCACGACCCCCCCCCCCUUCCAGGCUACAGGUAAGAAUAGAGGGAGGGGGGAGAAGGGGGGGGAUAUAAUGUAUUUAUUUUUAUUAUUAUUAUUAUUUAUUAUUAUGUAUUUAUUUUUAUUAUUUAUUAUUUAUUAUUAUUAUUUAUUAUUAUGUAUUUAUUUUUAUUAUUUAUUAUUAUUAUUUAUUAUUAUGUAUUUAUUAUUAUUAUUAUUUAUUAUUUUUAUUAUUAUUAUUAUUAUUUAUUAUUAUUUAUUAUUAUUAUUUAUUAUUAUGUAUUUAUUAUUAUUUUUAGUAAAACAUUAAUAGUGCCAUUUACCUGCCUCCCCCAAUACAAAAUCCUUGCAAACACACACAUCACCCUCACCCAGCACCCUAACACAUACACAGCACCCUAACACACACACACACAGCACCCUAACACCAGCACCCUAACAUUGACACAGCACCCCAACACACACAGCACCCUAACAUUGACACAGACCCUAACACACACACAGCACCCUAACACCAGCACCCUAACAUUGACACAGCACCCUAACACACACACAGCACCCUAACACCAGCACCCUAACAUUGACACAGAACCCUAACACACACACAGCACCCCAACACACACACAGCACCCUAACACCAGCACCCUAACAUUGACACAUCACCCUAACACACACACAGCACCGUAGCACUCACACAACACCCUAACACACACACAGCACCCCAACACACACACACACACACAGCACCCUAACACCAGCACCCUAACAUUGACACAGCACCCUAACACACACACAGCACCCUAACACCAGCACCCUAACAUUGACACAGCACCCUAACACCAGCACCCCAACAUUGACACAGAACCCUAACACACACACAGCACCCUAACACCAGCACCCUAACAUUGACACAGCACCCUAACACACACACAGCACCCUAACACCAGCACCCUAACAUUGACACAGAACCCUAACACACACAGCACCCCAACACACACACAGCACCCUAACACCAGCACCCUAACAUUGACACAUCACCCUAACACACACACAGCACCGUAGCACUCACACAACACCCUAACACACACACAGCACCCCAACACACACACACACACACAGCACCCUAACACCAGCACCCUAACAUUGACACAGCACCCUAACACACACACACAGCACCCUAACACCAGCACCCUAACAUUGACACAGCACCCUAAAACACACACAGCACCCUAACACAUACAGCAACCUAGCACACACACACACCACCCCAACACAUACACAGCACACACAGCACCCCAACACACACAGCACCCCAACACACACAGCACCCCAACACACAUCACCCUCACACACACACACAUCACCCUCAAAUACACAGAACCCUCGCACAGUGCCCUCACACACAGCACCCUCACACACAGCACCCUCACACACACAUACUGCACCCCCCCACACAAACAGCACCUUCCCACACACACUAUACUCCUCACAAAUGCACAAUACACCCCUCACACACACAGCACCCCCCAAACACACUGCGCCAGUCACACACUCACUAGAUCUCCUAUACGCACUCCUGAGUCCUUCAAACACACACUAGAUCCCCUACACACAGACGCUGCACCACUUACACACAGACUACAUUUCUGACAUACACACUCAGGAUCCCCUAUGAACACACUAGAUAUCCUUUAAGCAAACACAUAGUGUCUCCAUAAAUGGGAUACAUUGAGUAUUCCAAUUACGGAAACCCCUGAGACAAGUUUCAAGCAAACACAAUGCAAGCAUGUUAUUAAAUUUGCUUGCGCUGUGCAGAUCAAAUACAGGGCCCUUUUCUCAUGCCCUGGAAGAGCAUUGAACCAACAUGCUCACUUUGAGAUGGGGUGUGCUUGUCAUUGGGGAUGACAAAACACAACCUAUCUGGCCCUGCCCCCUUUUCAGUGGGCCGCUGUAAUUAAAAAUGCCCGGGCCGAAUUUUUUCCCCAGUCCGGCCCUGAUUAGAAUGGUGAGAGGGGACGGUGUGUUAAAUUGUGGGUAAGGCAGUUUAUAAAAUUUGGGGAGGAAAGGGGGAAGUGUAUGAAAUUAGAGUGGUGGGGGGGCUGUGUAUUCAAUUAGAGUGGAGGGAGGAGAGGCAGUGUAUUAGAUUAAGGGGCAGUGUAUUAGUUUAGGAAGAUGGGGCAAUGUAUUAGAGAGGUGAGAGGGGCGGUGUGUUAAAUUGUGGGUAAGGCAGAUUAUUAAAUUUGGGGGGAGGGAGGGCAGUGUAUUAAAUUACAGUGGAGGGAGGAGGGGCAGUGUGUUAGAUUAAGGGGCAGUGUAUGAGAUUGGGAGGAGGGGGCAGUGUAUUAGAGUGGUGAGAGGGGGCGGUGUGUUAAAUUGUGGGUAAGGCAGUUUCUUAAAUUUGGGGCGGGCAGUGUAUUAAAUUAGAGUGAUGGGGGCAGUGUAUUCAAUUAGAGUGGAGGGAGAAGGGGCAGUGUAUUAGAUUAAGGGGCAGUGUAUUAGAUUGGGGGAGGGGCAGUAUAUUGGAUUUAUGGGUAGUGUAUUAGAAUGGGGGAGGGGACAGUGUAUUAAAUUGGGUGACGGGGCAGUGUAUAAAAGUGGAGGAAGAGGGCAGUGUGGAGGGAGUGGAGGGAGGGGGUAGUGUAUAAAAAUGGGGGGAAGGGGCAGUGUAUGAGAUUGGGUCUGCAUUGAGGUGCUGAACGCUCCCCAGGGAGAUGCUGAUUGGCCGCGCAGCUUUUUGCCACACAUGCACAAUAGCCUCCCAAUGCUUUUGAAGAACAAAGUGAAGAACACACUCAUAGGACUUCCAAAUAAACAAGAUAACGUAAUUUGUUUUUUACAGCUGUGUAACAGCAUACAUUCACCAUUUCAAUCCCAUUACCAAACAUUUCUUAAUAUGUCAAAGUAGUUGGACUGAAGCAUUGGUUAUAUGCAAAUGCAUGUCUACUUAAAAUAAAUCCGCACUUUCGUUUACUUUGAAGCCCUACGAGCGUGAGGACAUCCAGUGUUAGUUAAAGGGACACUCCAGGUAGCCCUUUUUACUCACCUGGUUCCAGCGCUGGGAGCCUCGUGAAGCCGCGCCCCCUAUUUCGUCAAAAUGACAAAAUAGGCGGGUGCGAGCAGGGAGCAUCAGAUGCUUCCAUUCGGAAGCGUCAUUGCUCCCUUGUGCGCAUUCACGGCUUCGCCACACAUGUGCACAUACUUCAUAGGGCGGCAUUAAUGGCGCCCUAUGAAGUCCUGAGCGCACUACCGCGAAUGCCCGCGGUGUGCGCGGCCGCAAGCUGAGCUGACUGACAGCUCAGCUCACGGUCUUUGCCCGCCCCCUCUCCUCUGCUGACAGGCAGGAGAGAGAAGGCGCGCACACAGUAUUUUAAUACGUCUGACGUGUACAUGGCCUUUUUAGUGCCAUACGUGAUAGGAAGUCCCUCUGGUGGCCGUCUAAGUGACGGCCACUGGAGGUAUUCCUAUCAAUCAAUGUAAACACUGUAUUUUCUAUGACAAUACAGUGUUUACAUUUGAUUGCCUGCAGGGAGCUAUAGUUCUCACCUGAACAACUACAUUAAGCUGUAUACUAUGCUAUACAUUAAGCUGUAUACUAUACAUUAAGCUGUAGUUGUUCAGGUGACUAUAGUGUCCCUUUAAGCAACUUUUUAAAUCUGUUUCUUUGUUCUAUUUAUUUCCAAUGUUAAAGGAUCACUAUAGUGCCAGCCACUUACCUUAUUCCAGCGCCGGGCUCCCUCGGCACUGGUGACCUCUCCUUCCCCGCCGAUGUCAGCUCCCCAGUCCAACGUCUCAAUGCUUUCCUAUGGACGCUCUGCGCGAUUGAGGCAUAAUAUGCCUCCAGCGGCGCAGAUGCGCCUCUAGUGGCUGUCCGGAAGCAGCCACUAGAGGCUGGCUUAACCCGAAAUGUAAACAUAGCAGUUUUCUGAAACUGCUAUGUUUGCAUCUGAAGGGUUAAAACCUGAGGGACCUGGCACCCAGACCACUUCAUUGAGCUGAAGUGGUCUCGUGACUAUAGUGUCCCUUUAAGUUAUUAUUGACAAAAAUGUUAUUUUGUCUAUUUAGACUUUCCAAUACUAUAUACAACUGCGGUAGAGUAUUUAUUUGAUUCUUCUUUGAUAUGAGCAUCUCUACCUAUCAGAUUCAAUAUCCCUUAAGUUAAAUUUUUAGCAAAAAAUUGCUUCGUUAGUUUUAAUAAAUCAUCAACAUUAUUUUUACUCCAAUAUAUUACACUGGGGGAAUACAACAGCUCACACUGGAGGGAACACAGCAGCUCACACUGGGGGAACACAGCAGCUCACACUGGGGGGGGGGACACAGCAGCUCACACUGGGAACACAGCCUCACACUGAGGAACACAGCACCACACUGGGGGAACACAGUAGCACAGGAACACAGCUGGGGGAACACAGCAGCUCACACCAAACACAGCAGCUCACACUGGGGGGGAACACAGCUCACACUGCUCACACUGGGGAACACGCAGCUCACACUGGGGAACACAGCAGCUCACACUGGAGGGAAAACAGCAGCUCACACUGGGGGAACACAGCAGCUCACACUGGGGGGAACACAGCAGCUCACACUGGAGGAACACAGCAGCUCACACUGGGACACAGCAGCUCACACUGGAGGGAACACAGCAGCUCACACUGGAGAGGCUCAACUGGGGGGAACAGCAGCUCACACUGGGGGGAACACAGCAGCUCACACUGGAGGGGAAAACAGCAGCUCACACUGCACAGCAGCUCACACUGGGGGGAACACAGCAGCUCACACUGCACAGCAGCUCACACUGAGGGAAAACAGCAGCUCACACUGGGGAACACAGCAACUUACACUGGGAGGAACACAGCAGCUCACACUGGGAGGAACACAGCAGCUCACACUGGGAGGAACACAGCAGCUCACACUGGGGGGAACACAGCAGCUCACACUGGAGGGAACACAGCAGCUCACACUGGGAGGAACACAGCAGCUCACACUGGGGGGAACACAGCAGCUCACACUGGGGGAACACAGCAGCUCACACUGGAGGGAAAACAGCAGCUCACACUGGAGGGAAAACAGCAGCUCACACUGGGGGGAACACAACAGCUCACACUGGGGGGGAACACAACAGCUCACACUGGGGGGGAACACAGCAGCUCACACUGGAGGGAAUACAGCAGCUCACACUGGGGGAACACAGCAGCUCACACUGGAGGGAAACAGCAGCUCACACUGGGGGGGAACACAGCAGCUCACACUGGGGGGAACACAGAAUAAAAUGUUAUUAUUCGAUAAAACACAGAUAAUCCUGUAUAAAAUAAACAGAGGUAUAUUAAAAUACAUUAAUUAAAUCGAGAUAUAUUGGAUGUUCAGAUCACUGAAGUGGUCAUGGUGCUUGGAGUAACACAAUAAGGGAAGUAAUAUGUACAAAGAAGAUAUAACCAGUUAUGGUCUGUUAAUUUAUCUAUUAAUUCAAAAUGUUCAGAAUUGAUACUUGUGAUAAUAUUCAAUGGAGAAAAUGUAAAACAAUGGCAGCAUGUUAAAAGACAUUAGUUUGUAAAAAUUGUCAUAAUAUUAACGAACAUUAGAUGGCGCUGUGAUGUCUUAAAUGACUCUAUGGAUUUGUAAAUCAGUUUAAUCACUGCCAUGAGUUCUGAAUUGGAAAUGUUUUUGUAGUUGAUAGAAAUGAUUAUAUUGUCAUUGUGUGAAUACAUUUUAGGGACAGCUAGGUGGUGUGACACCCUGAAUGUACACCAAUCUGAGUGCAUUCCUUAGAAGCAGGGAGGAAUUGAAUUGCAUUGGAAGUGCCUGUCUCAGCCAUGCCAUGCCAGUGAUCAGUGUUUUUGUAUUUGGUCAGUUCUUUAUAUGGAGAAGGGAGGCAUGCAAAGCAUGACUUGUUACCUAUAACAUUAUGUAUGGAAAUAAGAUGAGAGACUUCAUUAACAUAUUUACCCUCAAAAAUGUCUGUUAUAACCACUGCAAACAGAGCCGGAUUAAGAUCGCCCAGGGCCCUAGACAGGAUUUUAGAUUGGGGCCCUCUCCUAGAGCCGUGGACCCUCCUCUCUUAGUGUUUUGUCAUGUGGCUAAGUUCUGUGUGUGUUUAGGGGAGACUGAGUGUUGUGUGUAUGGAGAGCCUGUAUGUGUAGGGGAGCAUGAAUGUUGUGUGUAUAUGUGUGUGUGUGUGUGUGUGUAUAGGGGAGACUGAGUGCUGUGUGUGUGUAGGGGAAGACUGAGUGUUGUGUGUGUUUAGGGGCGAGACUGAGUGUUGUGUGUGUGUAGGGGAGACAGUGUUGUGUGUGUGUGUAGGGGAGACUGAGUGUUAUGUGUGUGUGUGUGUGUGUGUGUGUGUGUGUAGGGGAGACUGAGUGUUAUGUGUGUGUAUGGAGAGCCUGUAUGUGUAGGGGAGACUGAGUGUUGUGUGUGUGUGUGUGUAGGGGAGACUGAGUUUUGUGUGUGUGUAAGGGAGACUGAGUUUUGUGUGUUUCAGGGUGUGUGUGGAUGACACUGAAAGCUGCAUGGAGAGGUUGAGUGUGCUUGUGUGUGCUGGUUGAGUGGGGAGUAGUCUGAGUGUUGUUUAUGUGUAAGGGGAGCCUGAGUGUUGCUGUGUGCAGUGUUUUGGGGAGGCUAUAUGAGUGGUAUCUGAGGUUGAGUGAAGCUUAUAUUUCUAUUGAUCUCUCUGCCGGCUCAGAGAGGCCUCUCUCACAAACAGAGAAGCCCCUAAAAACCAAAGGACCCCUCACAAACAGAGCUAAUGCUCCAGUCCCAGACUGGCCAGAAUGUUGCAGAGGACACACGGAUAGUAGUGGGGCCUGUGCACUAUGCUACGCUUUGAUUGGAAGUGCAAUUUACAAUAAAGGUGCAAUAAACGUAGAAGGACAAAGUGACUGCGUUUCAUAAUUAUAACAAACAUGUAUCCACAGCUAUAUGUAAAAUAGAUGUUAAUCUUACAUAAACCUGCGAGGAUUACAGUGUUUCAUUUAUCUAAAUUAGCAUUUUCUUACUAUUCUUUUAUUUUAUUUUAGAAAUAUCAUGUGAGUUUAAACACAGCUGCUGAAAGAGAAGACAAGGGAAAACCUCCCAAUAAAGAAGAUGGCGUUAUGAAGAGUAAACGAGAUGAGGAAGACACAGAUAUUUACGUGGAAUAUUUACCACCGUCCUUAUCACCAAUUUAUUUAUAUUACCUGGAAAGCAACAUGUUAUCUGCCACUGGGGGCAGGAAAGGUCCUGAGGGUGGGGGUUACAGUUUGGGGGUUGGAAGUGGGGAUUUGAUGCGUAAUAUGAGUUUAGAAACCAUAGAUAAUGAAUUGCCAAAACGUCCAAUUUCGGCAAAGUAUAAAUAUUUCAAAUCCAGCAACCAGAGUUUGCUAUUUAAAUAA